GCUUUCAGCCCGCCCCUCGCCCUGCGUGCACUCAACAUGGCAGCAGACAAGCAGAGGAGGGAGGUGAGCUAGAGAGCAGGAGAGAGAGAGAGUGUGUGUGUGAGAGAGAGAGGGGGAGAGAGAGAGAGAGGGAGAGACGCAGGCAGGCUGCUGCUAUCAGGGAAUACUGGUGCCAUUUUCAGCAUCGCAGGGUAAAGGGAUUGAGCCUCGCCGCUGUACGCCCGGCUCGCCUCAGCUCGCCUCGGCCCAGAAUAGCUGAAAAAAGAGGAGGAUUGGAGGGACAACAAAAGGAGGAGAGAACGGCUGACCCCUAACGCAGGUACCACGCUUCUUUCGCCUCUCGCUUGUUUCUGCAGGAUGUGAGCGGACGGCGGCGGUGUGCAGACGGAGGGGAGACUGCUAAAGGGGGCGUGUGUGCGUGCGAAUGUGUGUCUGUGUUUGUCAGCGUGUGUGCUUCUGCGUCUGCAUGUGCACGCCGAGUAGAGGACAGCGGGGUCCCUCAUGGGACUGCGUUCUAUUUCCACUCGUUGGGGAAGAGCGUUCGCCUCCCACACACACACUCAAACACAAACACACACACAGACUCGAACACACCAGACACCUGCCUCAGCCCUGUUUUCCUCCAGCAUCUGUCCAAACAAAACGAGCACAAAUACCGAGUGUGGCUGCGGUCCACACACGGACAACACGCUGCAGCCUCUCUGUUUGUCUGGGGUUUGUUUUUUUUCUCUCUUUCCCUCGCUGCGUUCAGAAACCCUGAGCCCAAGGAUGUGUUACGUAGUGCUAAAACGGGACGCUAUGUCAGAGCGAUGAUGUGUCAUAGCACGCUGUUUACUCUGCCUAUUGCAUAAGGAGGAAUCUGGAAUUUAUGUGCAGUCAUGGUACACACGGAUGUGCGUUUGUGUUUUUGUUUUCUGGUGCAAGUUUGGAUGUUGAUCGUCUUCUUCUGUGCGGUUACCCUGGUGGGAGCAAAGCAGGAACCCCCUGCUGUGAAUUAUAAAUGUGUACUGGUGUGACGUGUGUAUGUUUGUAUGUGUGUGUGUGUGAGAGAGAGAGAGAGAGAGAGAGAGAGAGAGAGAGAGAGAGAGAGAGAGAAAGCAAGAAGCAAAGAGAGAGAGAGGAAGAGAGAGAGGAUGUGUGCGUCACUUCAGAGGCGGCUUUACUACAGCCUGCCAUUAAAAGAUGCACUGAGACUGCAGUGUCACUGCUGACUGAAACUGAUGCUACCAACAGCCUCACUCACCCAGGAGGAGAGAGAGAGAGAGAGACAGAGAGCGAGUGAGGAGAGAGAGAGAGAGAGAGAGGAAGAAGGAGAGAGGUGACAGAGAGAGGUAGAGUUUAAAAAAGAUCCAAGAAGGUGGAGACGGACACGGCAACAUGCGUUUAUGUGAGAGUGUGUGUGUGUGUGCGUGUGUGGGUGGGUGUGUGUGUGUGGGAGAGGAAAGUGCGAGAGAGAAAAGAGCGCAACAGGGAGGAGGGGGGAGCGACGGAGAUAACACAGAGAGGGCGUAGAGAGGUGUCAGAGAGAGAAAACAGAGGUGAUGUAGAGAAUGGGAGUGUGUGUUAGUGUGCACGUGUGUGUGUGUGUGUGUGUGUGUGUUUGUGUGUGUGUGUCUUGGUAGAUAGUGACAGUGUGAGAAUAAUAGUGCAGGAGAGGUGGAGUGAUAAGUGGUGAAGGGAGGAAGAAUAUAUGAAUGGAAGAUGAGAAGCUGAUCUCCUUCAGCGCCGCAGCGACAUGGCCGCCAUCAACACGCCAACAUCUGCACCAGGAUGCACAGUGUGUGUGUGUAAGAGAGUGUGUGAGUGUGUGUGAGUGGGAAAAGAUGGAGAAUAUGUGGACACCUACGUUUGCAAAACUAGGGGUGGCCGUGAGGUGCAAAACAACAACAACAACAACAACAAAUCACAACAGCUGAUCAGAAACCAUGACAACAAACGAAAACAUGAGAAAAAAACAUCAAAACAAAAACACGCAACACUGCAAAGAGCCACAUGACAAAAACACAAAACAACAAAACAGACAACACAAAAAGAAAUUUAAAAAAACACGACAAACAAGCAAAUACAAGAAGAGAGGACAACUACGGUGGCCCUGAAGUGCAAAAUGACAACAAAUCUCAAAACAUAAACAAACAAACAAAAAACAAACAAACAAAGACCAACAUGAUGAUGAGUCUCAAAAGAAAAAACACAAAUCACAACAAAAAUACAACAAAACAUGAAAAAAAACACAACAACAAAUCAUGUCAAGAAAAACAAAAAAUAACAAAGGCAUAGAAAAAUAACAAAGACAGAAAAGGAAACACAGCAAAACGAAAACAAAACACAACAACAAAUACCAAGUCAUGACAAAAGUAACCAAACACACAAAAAUGGCACAGCUACAAAUCACUAGACGACAAUUUACCAAACACGACAAAACACAAAAACAACAAAAACAAAAGACGACUUUAAAAAGCAGAACGCAACUUUUUCAAAUGACACAUAAACAUCCGUGUUCGCCCAAUCAGCUACGACCCUCAUCACCGCUGACCCGCCUUUUCCAGAAGUUACAGAGUUGUGUUUCUAACUUUUUGUGUUCGAUGAUUUGUUUUUGUAUUUUGCACUUCAGGGCCACCGUACAUGACACACCUGUAGAUACAAAGCUAACGACAAGGGAGGGAUGAAUGUUUUUGUGAUCUUUCAGCUGACAUCUUUUGAUCUAUUGUGUGUCUGUGUGUGUGUGUGUGUGCGUGUGUGUGUGUGUGUGUGUGUGUGUGUGUGUGUGUGUGUGUGUGUGUGUGUGUGUGUGUAAGCAAUAUUUCUGCAGUCAAAAGAAAUAGAUAAGACAAGAGCCAGCCCACUGGUUUGGCACAGCGUGGCAUGGCAAGAAAACGGAUCUCGAAUACACAAUCGCUGCUACAGACACAAGGGGGCUGCUGCACAAACACACACACACACACACACACACACACACACACACACUAUAAAGCACAGUCUGCUCUGACUUUUUCUCCUUCACACACACAUUCAGAGUAACGGUAGGACUCCUGCAUGAUGCAACACAAUGAAAGGAAGCUGAUUAUCAUGGAGAUUGGGAGGCGUGUGGAGAGCAGGUUUCAGUCCGUGUGAGUGUGUGCGCGUGUGAGUGUGUGUGUCUGUGCGUGUGUGUGUGAUGGUCAGCAAAGGGCACGCUGAAAUUGGCAUCUCAUUGCAGCGGUGAAAUGAAAGGUGAAAGCUCCCCUCUGCGCCUCCUCUCUCUCUUCACCUCCCUUUGCUUUUCCCUUCAAUCUACUUUCUGUCUCGCACCAAAAACAAAUAUAGGAGGUCAGGACGAGGAGAGAAGGAGGAGAAUCUGACAAAACAGCAAAAUGAUGAAACAGCUGCUCAAAUUUAAAGCAGAUAAGAAGAGAGAGACGACGACGACAACCUGUCCCUACCUUCGCCCCGGUCUUUUAAUUAAUCCGCCGCUUUAUUGAUACCAAGUUUCUUAAUGACUUUAGCCCAAUUUGAAAUCCGUGUGUGCGCCAAAAGAGACAGUGUGUGUUUAUGAGCGCCACGCUAUAAGCCCCAAGUGCCCACCUAAUUGCCCCGGAGGCUCGUGGUUACUUACUGCGGGGGGUUAUUAGGCCGAGAGAGAGAGAGGGGGAAUGUUUGUCGCUCAUUAAAGAGAAGUGCUGCGGACACAAGCAGGGCUGUAUGUUAGGGAGAGACCCGACCACAGCACUGUCAUUAAAAACACACACAUAAACACACACACACACACGCACAAGCACAGCCAGCUGCUAAUGAAUGUGGACACUCCACCCAUGACUCAUAGCAUGUCGUCUGAAUUCACACUGAAUGACAAUCUCAGUUUCUUGUUAUAAAUAGCAGCACGUCUUCCCUUAAAACAUCCCAGUCGUGGUUAUAAUUAAAGGAUUCCUUCGCUACGGGAGCUGCAGAGGACAAAUAUAACUCUGGGAUUUAACGGCAGCGUGAAUGCGACGCAUCCCGCUCACGAGGGAGGAGGUUUUCUCUCAGAGGGGCGCGGGGGUCAUCGGGGAUUGUUGGCGUGUAUCACCACACAAACUCCUAAAGAAGCAAAUCUGCGGUACUUUCUUUGGAAAAAUACAACUUUUGGCUGAUGUGAGGAUCUGACACUCAAGGUUAGGAGUUAAAAUACGACUAUGAUAAUGCGGCUCUGUUCUCCAGCACCAUAAUGGUACAACUCAACUGACCUGCAGCUAAAGUCACAACCUUUCAGGACUGUGUGCUGCAUGUCUCUCAUGCUGCAGCCGAGAAAUGUGCAGAAGUAAUCCUGCUGGUGGAAUUGUAAAGACUUGAGUUCUUCGAUAAAACUGUCUUUGUUCUGUUUACUGUAACGUUCUUGGAGAGCAGAGUUCUUGACAUGGUUGAAUGAUGUUGUCUUGCAGUAGCGACUUCUGAUGUUUUAACUUCAAAGAUUUCCUGUGAUUUUAGCAAUUCGAGACUUUUUUGGGGACAGGCUUUUAAGAGGCAAGACAGGUGAAAAGACGACAUGCAAACUAGAGCUGCACGAUGUAUCGUUACAGCAUCGCCAUCGCGAUGUACGUGUGCGCGAUAGUCAUAAUGCAGAGCCUGUGAUGUUAGGAUGUGAAUGAACUCAUCUAAUUUCAAGGGUAGCUGACUGACAUAGACUGCAUGUGACUCUGCAUGUGCUGCGCAGCGAUCCACCAAUCACAUUCGCUCUUUACUCAGUUGCCUAUCAGACCACCCUGCCAGACGUCAAUCAAAGUCAGAGAGGAGGAAACAACACCCCUGCACAUGGAAAGACUCGCUGGCGCUGCCGGUGUGCGAUACUUUUUUUGUAGAAAACCACCGAAAAUGAAGAUUUGACACAAAGAAAAGAAAAGUCAGUUUUCUGGAAUAAUUUCGAUUACAAGAAGGACCAUGUGACCAAAACACGUGUUCUGUGUUCAUCUGUUGCCAUAGUAACGUCCCAGAACAAUAAAAGCAAAAAAUAUCUCUGAGACAGACAGAAGCUGUUCUACUAACAUUCACAAAAAGAGGUAAGAUCAGUGCAGGUUAAUCUGGUCAUCUGGUCAAUUCAGGUCAUCUUGUGAAAAUUCCUCUAUUCUUUAAUAUCGCAGGUUUAGAAAACAAUUGUAAUGUUCGUUUUUUCCAAUAUCCUGCAGCCUUAAUGCAAACCAGUGACCCCUGCAAGUCGCCUCAGUACACUGAUACCUAAACCAUCAGGCUAUCCAGUGCCCCAGAAAUCAGACCUUCCUGAAACUGGAACUGUUGGCGCCAUCUGUAGGCGACAAAGAACAAUUCAUCUCUCGCUAAUCAUGUCCUACAUGUCUGUAAGCAGAAAAUCUUCUCACAGGAGCUUUAAAGAAAAACAGGACGGCAAAAAUGUCACAUUUGUGGACUCUGCUGCAGCCAAUCAGGAGUAAGAGCGAGCCGAGCGGUUCAACCGUCGCCCAUGUGACUCCGUGAUUACAUAAACAUCAUUAUUUUGUCAGGGGUCAUAAAUUAUUGCCUCCUUGUGGUUUCCAUCACCUGCGUGGAUCAUUGUGGGUUACUUCACACACAAAUAAACACAGGGUCCGCAGCACAACGUCCCACCCAAACCUCCUCCUGAUAUCAACAAACACACACACACACUAACACGUGUUAUUCUCCGUCUGUUUUACCUGCAUCACACACACACACACACACACACACACACACACACACACACACACACACACUCACACACGCUGUUUAUUUCAAGGAGCUCAGUUUGAGUGCGGUGUGCGCGAGGCGGGUACACUCUGUUCCAGUGGCAGUAUACCUCAGCUGCUAACCUAGAUCUGAUUACACACAGUAUAGCUCCUCGUGUGCACGUGUGUGUGUGUGUGUGUAAGUGUGUGUGGUUGUGAUCAGGCCCCUAAUGCAGUUUGCAGGUAAUAUGUUUUUAUUGGAGCGUCCAGGAGAGUGUCAGCGCAGUGUGUUUGUCUAGAGAGGGCUGAUGUAUUUCCUUUCGUGUGAGAGUGAGGAACAUCAGAGGGAGCGAGACGGAGGGGGGGAGAGUUGUGUGUGUGUGUGUGUGGGGUGAGGGGAGGGGAGGGAGGGAGUGAGGGGUUACUGCAGGGAAGAGAAGACAGGGGUUGUGAUGAGGGAGGAGCGAGGAAGAGGAGAAGAGGAGAGGCUCAUCUGUAUGCUGGUUACUGUGCGCUGCUUGUUUGAUCUGGAGGGAGUACUUAGUGCUGGAUGGUGGGAUGCUGCUGCAGCGUUAGGAAGGCAAAAAUAAGGCUCCUGCAAGAGUGUGUACGACAAAGAGAGAGAGAGAGAGAGUGUGUGUGUAAUUAGGUGUGAGGUGUUGGGUGCAGCACUUUGCUCAUUAAAAGGAUCUGGCUGCUGUCCAGCUCUGUGCAGUUCAUCAACUGUCCUUCAUGUCUCUCUUCCUCUCCCCCCGCUCAUCAUCUGUCCUCCCUUUCCUCCCUUACUCACUCGUCUCCUCUCGUCUAAUCUCCGUAUUUUUCAUCCUCUUCUAUCGCUGCGCCCCGUCCUCCCGGCUUUGCUGCAACAAGCUUUGCGAACGAUGGUUCUGAUAGGAGGAAGAAGAGGAGGGGAAGAGGGGAUCAUUCAAAUGGGCCUCAUUAGAGACGAAUAAAUCAUGAUGUGAAAAAAAGAUAUUUGCAUGUAGACAUACAAAAAACUCUUUGAAACUGAAACCACACUAAACUUAAAGUUAUCUGAGCUCACCUGAUGGAAACACCUGAGAGAGAAACACAAUGAACGAGAAUCCAGAGAGAGACAAACACUCAGCUGAAACAUCCGUCUGAAGACGGAUCUGUGCCCAAAAUUUUGCAGUCUGCUCUUACAUGUUCCACUCCGGUCCAGUAGGGGGCGAACUUCACCUCCAAGCUGGAAUACCAACGACCGCUAAACACAAAAAGAAGAGAAAAACAAACAUGUUCCUCUUAGUUUCUGCAGUUUGUAACUUGUGUAGUUGAAAAAAAAUGGGCAGACAAGAUGCCCAACAUUUUUUUUUAGUUUUGUUUGUUUGUUUUCAGUUUACUUUCUUGUGUUGCACUCACUAAAGGAGAACACCAAAAUGCAUGUUUUUAAUAUCCUGUACUAGCCUGUUCGAUCUACAGUGCAAAACUUUCCCAGUGACCUUGAAUUUGAGGACAUUCUCCUCCCAUAAGAUUCCUCACUGCAUGUUCUUUAACUGUCAAUCAUGUUUGUCUUAAAACAGUGACAAACAUGAGGGUGCGUCGAUGGUCGAAUUGGUUAGCGCGCCCCUCGUAUGGGGACCAUGGUCCCUGCAGCGGUUGCGGGUUUGAGUCCAGCCCCGAGGAUGUGCUGCAUGUCCUCCCCCCUCUCUCUAUCUCACCAUACUUCCAACAUGUCAAUAAAAAAGCAAAAAACUUGCCAAAAAAGUAAAAAUAAGAGUGAUAAACAUUCACACAGGUUAGUGAACCUGAAUUAGUACCAAGUAUCAAACAACUGUGUGUUAGCAGACAGCAUCUACACCCAACCAUCGCACUUUAACACGUGAAGCUGACAGCACUGAUGGUGAGAAAAAAGGAAAAUGAGAGCUACCCCCAACAGAAAUGACGAUGACGACAUCAUCGACAACACUGGCACGAAAACGUCGGUGUCGGGGAAUACCUCAAAUCUUUUUCACCACCUGAAGCAGCGCCACGCGGCAGAGCACGCACAAUGAAAAAGGUUACAAACCCCGAGCGGAGCAAGGAGCCCAUGACACCUGUGUGGCUGAAACAGCCGACUGUUCAGUCCUCUUUCUCUAGAGCAACGCCUUACGAAAAAACGACAGAGACACAAAGACCUCACAGAUGCAGGAGAUUAUUGUACUGCAAAAGACCUGCCACCAAUAAACACUGUUAAAUUUUAUUUUUGAUAUCAUGAUAUAUAUAUCAGUAUUGACUGAUAUGAAGAAAAAUUUUUUCCCAUAUCGCCCAGCCCUAACUGAGUCAGACUGUAAACACUUUAGUAAGUUUCUUUCGUUGGGUGAAAAGAAUAAACAAAGGCUGAUGAUAACCUGUCUGAUCACUCCUUAAAUACAGAAAAAUCUUCAUCCAUCUCAGAUCCGCCAACGAAACUUGAUUAGGUCCCCUGCAGAUGUUUACAGCCCGCAACAAAACCCACUUUUGGUCGCUGCAUCAUUAUCUUUCCUUGAACUUUGACCUCUUCUCUCACUCACUAAUGACGGCAGAAUCUCUGUCUGCGAUGGCGAUGUGACAGCGUUGUUUGUAGCGGCUCUGCAGGAGAUUGUAUUUAAUUAGUCAUCCGUCUCUGUUAUGGUAGGGAAAAAUUUGGAUUAUUAUGCAUAAUUAGGGUUGCAGCUGACUGGACUGACAGGUGGUUGUGUUGUGUUCGUACUCGAUCACCCUCUUUGGGCUUCCAUAUCUCAACUUUUAUGUCCCUGAAAUUGUGUUCACGCAUGCAAAAUGUUGUUUUAUUAUUCAGGUUUGACUCUGAAACAAAUCCCGCCUUAUCCUGCUGAUUAUUUUGCGGAUAAAUCUCGCAGCUCUCCAAAAGGAAGAGGGCACUAAAGUUCAGCUCCCAAAGAGCAGCUCUCCCCUUCAUUAGCACAUAGAAAGAGGUCUCAAAAUGCUAUAUAAUGCAUACGUGCGGCGCUGAAGAAAUGCAUAAUGAGGCCGUUCGCUCGGCGAGGAGGGGGGUGAUUUUGCACUUGAAUAAAGUGACUCCUUUGUGAGCGAAUGCAGGAUGAUGCACACUUAUUAUUAUUAAAGCUCCGUGGGUGAGUGUAGGGGCAAGUUUUCUUCGUCUGCACAGCUGUUCAGCUCUAUGACCUGCAAGCAAGGCCGUAAUUUUUUCUAAGAGGGUGCUUCAAGAGACUCGAGCGCGCACGAAUGUGGGGAGAACGGUAGAAGAAACAAAUAAAGGAAAAAACAAGAAAAAGUAGGAAUCAGGGUGCAAAAUAAAUAGGUGAGAAACUGAGUGCAAUGAAGGGAAGUCUGAACAAAAUGGAGGAACAGCUAAAAGUCAAAGAUUGUUUUGUGUGUUUCUGUGAGAGAGAGAGAGGAAGAGGAGGAAGAGAGAGGUGGAAAUAACAACCAUUAGCGCACACAGGAGGUGUGUGAUGGGACCGGGCGAUUGUCAGAAAUCUAACUGGAACGAGAAACUGUCAUCAGCAUCCCUCCUGUGUUCUGAGAAACGCGGCAACAACGGCACUUUGAAAAGUUUUCUACCCACCUUCCCCCCUCAUGUGCCUUCAAACAGCUGCUGGAGUUACAUAAUCCUGAGAGGAACGAUGAGAACGAGCCAGAUCAGAGACAGAGAGAGACGGAUAGAGGAACCAAGAGGGAGAAAUGUUACCGAACAUGUUCUCUGCCAGGAUAUGAUACACACAAACACGCACGCACGCACUCAAACGCUUAUCUCAUCACAGCCUUAGCCUCCAACUUGAGGACAAUUAUUAUCACUUUUUAUGGAUCUGUUGUGUAGAAGUUUGGCUGCGAUCAUAAAAGUGCAGGAAUGAUAUUAAAGUUGAGAUUGUCUCAGAGAAAAUAAACCCUGCAAUUAAAGCUGUACGCAGUAACUUUUGAUGAGGGGGAGGAGCAUAGGAGACGACUACGUGGGGCAGAGUCACGGAGUCACAGAGUUGUGCAAAGUAAAUUUUGAGAGUUUUUCGGGUCGGGUCGAAUGUUUUUUACGCACUUCUAACUCAGUUGCCGGACAUUUAAAGGAUUUUAUAAACUCCCUCCGACAAAACCGGACAGUCCCCCAAAAAAGAGGACAUGUCCAGGUAAAAGAGGACAUAUGGUCGCCCUAGAGUAGUGCCAAAAAUGACACUCUAUAAUUAAAGCUGUAGACUGUAACUUUUGUUGAGGGGCAGGCGCAUAGGGUUACCAUAUUCUGAAUCCCCAAAAAGAGGACACAGCUACAUAGGGCUGGGCGAUAAAACGAUAUAUUGAUAUUAAGUUCCCUCAAUAUGAAACAUGGUCAACAUCAUUUUCAAUAGUCGGCAUUCUGCCAUGUUUUGGUAGACUAUACGAAUAGCCAAUGAAAAGGGGAGUUGCUUUGGGUCCGCUUCACUCUAAGCCAAUCAUGUGGUGAAUUAGAUCCAAGAAGCAAACAACUGCGUAGUAGAAGACAGCAGCUACACUCAACCAGAAAUGCAACCACCCCUGGCAGAAAUGCAAGUGAAGGCUCAACAGAUGACGACAUCAUUGAUAACACCCUACAACUACGUGGGGCAGAGUCACAGAGUCAUGCAAGGUAAAUUUUAAGAUUUUUUUGGGGUCGGGUAGUGUUUUUUAAGCGUUUCUAACUCAGUAAGUCCACACGACACAAACUUAAAACUUCCAUUAAAAACCCCGAAGGAUUUUAAAAACUUCCCGGUCAAAGCUGGACAGCCCCCAAAAAAGAGGACAUGUCAGAGUAAAAGAGGACAUAUGGUCACCCAAGAGGAGCAGCUAGAGCGCGCCAAAAAUGACUCAAACUUAAAGUUCCUUAUAGGGGCUUUAACAAAUUUUAACGAGGGAAGUUUGAGGCGUGAUGCAGGAUGAGGAAACACAGACCUCAGCUACAAAGAGAGUUUUUGUGUAAACGGGUAGAUGUGCAAACAUCUCAGCUUGUCUUGAAAAUGGCUCUACCUCAGCCUCGGAUGUUUCUAUCCUGAAAUGUGUCAUUCCUGCUGUCUCCUCACACGACGUCUUUACCCCGGAGCUAGCUGGAAAAAAAUGCUGAUAAAGUGAAGAGUGACAAUUUCAGCUGCUCGCCUUCGCACCUGUGCAACCAACCUUAAAGUUUGAGGAAGUUUUCAGGAGAUCUGUGCACGUGCGAACACGGCUAAAGAGUCAGAAAUAAGCGGAGUUAAACGAUACCAUGUGCACAAUCUCUCCGUUAUGAAGUGAUGCAGCGAAAACCUCUUCAGUCCCACACACGCCUGUAAACACAGAACCACAUGGACCCGAGGAGCUGAAGUGCGUGCAUCCAUCCAGCAGGCAGGUAUGAGGUCAGCGGGCUGUGAGGCUCAGGUGCGGGAACAUUCCUCCUCCUACACAUGCACACAUCAUUAUCUUUCCUUGAACUUUGACCUCUUAUCUCGCUCGCUAAUGACAGCCUGCUGAAAUCUGUCUGCGAUGGCGGUGUGACUGAUUUUACAGGAUGGCGAAAAUCCCCGCAUCCCGUCUCAUGCUAGGUUGCAUGUGCGUGUCUGCCGACAUGCACGUGUGCGUUCCUUCAUGUGUGUGUAUGUUUUGCUCGACUGCCUCCACACGCUGUGGACACAAAGUGAGUUCUUUGCCUGUGAAUUAGCUUCCAUAGCAACUAGAGCCACACAGCCAGCCGGGCAGGCCGGCGGCGGAGCGAAAGAACGCCGCUCUGCUUGUGUGAUCUGAACGUGGGCCCAGGCCUGGUGCCAAAUCCGGGUACGGCAGGCACGCUGGCAUGCUGUCGGGCACAGACAAUGGGGUGUUGCUGCGGUGGUGAAAGGAGGGCUGGUGAUGUUGUGGGGUUUGGAUCAGAAUGUGCGCUGGUAUGUGGAUGGCGGGCGAAGUCAAAAGCAGCCGCUUUGUCUGUUUGACGCCGCUUCAGCUCGUUUCCCAAUGUUCCUCCUGUUUCAUCGCUAUUUUUGUUUGCAGCUAAGUGUCUCUCUACUUUCAUCCCCUGCUCUCUCUCUGUUUGCUUUCCUGAUCUUAUCACUCCAUCUCUCUCUCUCUCUCUCUCUCUCUGUUUGUUUUCCUCCUCUCUCCUCUCUCGGUGUCUCUCUGAGAUAGAGGUUGCGGCAUUGCGGAGGUGGAUGUAGUGCGGGGGCAGAGGAGAUUUUUUUUUUUUUAUCAGAGUGUUAUUGUCAGAGCAGGCCCAUCACCUUGGAUACACACACACACACACACACACAUGCACCCACACACACACACACCUCAGACGUCAAACGCACGUCAGACGCUAACUACUAACAGUAAACAUUGAACAAAAAAACAAGAAAGGCUGCGCAGACUGGACCCAACGGGACGCAGCUCACAUGGCGAGCGGGACCAAAACAACCAAACUCUGUCGCACAGAGAGGAAAACAACCUCCACAGCGCGGACGUCACUCUCUGACAGCGUGUUGGCCUGUGAACUCGAUGACGGCCGCGUCCCUCUGCGCCGCCCCGGUCACUGGGUGAGCGGGCACAAAAGGCGGAAUCCGGCUAAUUGCUAAUGUUCCCAUGCGGAGAAAACAAGAGGGAGAUGCUAAUGACCUCUCACUCUGAUGUCUAUCGACUGACCGAGCCGUAGCCAUAGUAGCCAGAGCACGCACACACACAAACACACACGAAUGAGAGUCACCUGAGGCCGAGAUGUGGGAUAAGCCUGAGUCCGUAUUUGAAAUUAAAUUAUGAUUUGAUAUCAUCAAUUAUCUCACUUGUUAGAGUGUAUUUCCGCUUUGGUGAGCAAAACAUAAUGAAUGCAGAGAACGGAGCGGCCGGGCUAUUCUGUGUUUUAAUAUCGGGCUUUAUUGUACCGAUCAUCUCUUUUGUGCGUGUUAACCACGUGUGCUGAGCUUUCACACAAAGAAACGGGAGGAAAAGAGGAGAGUGAAGGCUGCUGAGGAGAAGUGGAAGCACCUGGGAGUGUGUAAGAGUAGUAAUCAAUCACAUACGCGCACGCACAUAUACAUUAACACGGGAACACGCGAGCGUGCGUGAAGCACAGCUGGGCCGAGGAGAGCCAUCUGUAACAUCGCAAUAUAGCGCUGAGUGUGUGUAAGCGUGUUGAUCAUGUGUGUCUGUGUGGGUUUUUGAAUUUGCUCCCAUGUUAGCGACGGCACGCAUGUGCAUGCAAGCAAAAUCAAGAUCAAGUUUCAUUUCACUCAACCGUGUCCCUCCUUACGGUGCAGAAACACACACAUGCAUGCUCACUAACACACACACACACAUCUCACACGCAUCACACAGCAGCUCAUGCAUAAGCAUCAACUCUCACCUGCAGCCGCGGACUACACGGCAAUGCAUACUAAAAAGAGCGGGAUAAGAAAAGGGCAAGGAGCAAAGAGAGAUGGAUGAGACAAGCGAAGGAUGGAAGGAAGGAAGGAAGGAUGGAUGAAUGUGGGGGGAGGGGGCCGCCGUGGCAGAGGUUUGUUCGGCCAAGGGAGAUCUGUAAUGAGAUCUCAGUCAGACACUUAUCCAGACUGGAUAACAGAGGAGCAGCAGGGAAUGCAUUAGAAUGCAUUAGCCUAGCUGGCUAAUAUCAAAAUCCGUGUCAGUGUUAUUAGCAUGAAGCGCCACCUAACACUCUCGCGCACACAUCGAUCUCCCUGAAAAACAACCAGCCUCGUCAUCUGAGGGGGGGGGGGGGGGGGGUAGAAUUAGCUAAGGCUGGCAACAAUUCACAGCUACCUAAGCACUUUUCCCCCCAGCGUUAAAUGAGAAUAGGUUGUUGUUGUGUUAGCUUGUAUCAGAGAGUGAGUCACAAGCUUAGCCUGGGAGAAGCCACAGCACAAAUUUAAACAUCAGAGCAGUCAAUAAACCCUAGGCUAUCUCCGUGGCCAUAUUUAUUCAUGUGGUUUGACACCCACAAACACACACACACACACACACAUAUAAUGAAAGUACUCGUGCACAAACUGGAGCACAGAUGAGCAAGUGCCUCUGAUGUAUAUUUUAAGGACAGGGUUGGCAGUUUUCUGUGUUUCUCCUAAUGUCAACAAAGCCUGUGGAAGUUUAGUCCUCUGUGUCGCUGAUGUCUAUUGAUGCCGAAAAACUAAUAACAACUAAUCAGUGAUCUACUCAAGUACACUAGACAAUAUAUUUAAGUUAUAUAUUAUAUUAUUUAAGUUAAGUUUUUUUUUUUUUUGGUAGGAUGGUAGGGGAAGGUCCCGCCCUCGUUCGCCUCUGAUUGCUGUGCUGGGCUCCGAUUGGUUAUUCCUAAUGGCUGUGAAAUGUCAUCGUCUGUCGGGUUAGGGUGAAUGUUAGGAGAUUUAGAAGUGCGAUAAUGUUCUGUUUGACGUACAGAGCCGACAGCUCGCGUUUGGCUCAAGCGUGUGAUGACGUUUCCAGCUUUUCUAGCCAAUCAGAGGCGAAGGAGGCGGGACUUUCUCCUACCUUCCUACAAAAAAAAAUAUUGCGCCCCAGACAGCUCCUAAUAGUAAAUCUCCUGCUCCGCAUCUCCAUCCAAUCACCUCGCUGUAUUCGACACACUUAAUAUGAGUGGACUAACUAUCCGACUAAUCAUUAACGAGUAUUACUCCGCCACUGAAAGUAGUCCCCGAUGUUUCUGGUGAUGCUGUUUUAAGCUAAAGUGAGGAACUUUUAAUGUGUGUCAUUUUUGGCGCCCCCUGUAGACAAAGAGGUGCGUUUUCUUCUUUCUCCGUCUGCAUAAUUAAAUAAAGCUCAAACAGAAAUGUUCGUUCACGCUGCAGAUUCUCUCUCUCGCUCUCUCCAUCCUCAUAACUCCUGUUUCUCUUUCUCCUCCUCUUAUUUUUUGUUAUAUUGCGGAUAUCGAGGAAAUCAGAUAUCUUCUCAUCCUUCCACGCCUCUCCUCUCCUCCUCAUAUUUCGACUCACUUCUCCUUCCUCGCCUUAAAUUUCCCUCUCUGUAUCUCCACCUCCUCUCCUUAACGGCUCCAUCUUUCAAUAUAGCGCUCUGCUCUGCAGCCCCCUCCCCUCUCUCUCUCCGAGUUACCCCAAUCUCCCUCUCUUUAUCUUCUCCGUCUCUCCCUCUCCGGCUGACUCCAUCUUCCUCUGUUCCUCUCUUCCGCUCCCCGUCUCCUUUUACUUGAACCUUUUAUGCUCUCCCUCUCUUCCUCCGUCUUUUUCUCUCAGUUUCGUCUCCUCUCCCUGUUCCAGUCUCUCCAUCAUUCUCUCUGUCAACAUCCUUCACCACACCUCAUCCAUCUCCCUCUCUCUCUCUCUCUCUCUCCCGGUCCUGCCUCUUUCUCCUCUCCUUUUCUUUUCCCCCCUUUUCCGCCUUCUUCCGUCUUCUUCAGCUCACAUCUGCAAGUCUGACACUAAUCUUCCCCCUUUUCAGCAUGCUUUCCUCACCCCCAUUACACUUCAUUAUUGGGCCUGUUCUUUUUUUAUCACUCUUCCACUUCUCCGCCCCUUUAUCUCACAUUCGGGAUGACGCAUGGCUGCAUAUUUCUGUCUCAUUCAAGCGGCCACAUGCUCGCACACACACCUUCAUCCCUGUUAAUAUAUUCAGCGUGCAUAAUGUCAUCGUCAAGGUUAACAGCUGAGGUGCUAACAGUGAGAGGAACCGGGUGUUAUGGGUACUGUAGGAAAAACAGAGCUGAGGGUAAUGAUUCCGAUCGGUGAAUAUUUGGGGGGUGUUACAUGAUGACCUUUGGUAUAAAUCAUCAAAAAUAAUUUUAAAGGAUCUCUGAUGAGCCUUUAAUCAAACGCUAAUUAUCCUCGUGAAUGUUUGGAGCUGAAGGCAAUCAGCUGAGGAGAAUUUCAUGCCGUUUUAGCUUCAGCCACUCUAUCUUUGUCCUCUCGUUUAUGUUCAUUAACGUGAGGAGCCGCCAUUGUUCCAUGGAUAAUUCAUUGACAUGCGUGGCAUCAUCGGCGGCGGCGCUCCUGCAUCCCUCCGUCCGUCCGUGUGUGUGUGUGUGUGUUUGUUUGUGUGUGCGUUUCUGAGCGUGUAUCCAUUCACAGCAGUCGGCGCACAGAUGCAAAAGGCAUGACAAGAAAAUAACCUUUCCUCCCUCCCUCCUCGCUCGUCUGUGGCGAUGACGACGAGACGCCUCUCUUGCACUCGUUCCCCCUCUAUUUUUAUCAUCCUGACACCCCCCUCUUCCUCUCUCUUCCUCUCUCUCUCUCUCUAGCUGUCUGUCUCUCACUCUUUCCGUCUCUCUGUCCUUGGGUGUCUGCAGCCAGCUGUGUCUUCGGGCCAUUAGAGCCCUCCCCUCCCUUUUCCCCUCCAUCCAUUUUCCCCAUCACUGAUUCCUCCAGCAGACUUUCCCCCCUCCCCCAUGUCGCUCUCUCUCCUCCUCUUUUCCUCCUCCUCCUCCUCCUCCUCCUCCUCCUCCUCGUACUCCUCUGUCCCUGUGACCACUGGGGCUCCAUUGUCACGGCAACUGCUGCUGAUGGUCUCCUCCACGCUUCGGCAUUCCUCUACGCCACUGCACCAAAAUAAGACGGCGUGCGCGGACGCGUCUGUAAACAUCUGCAUGCAGACACCUGCGCAGAUCUACAGAAAACAACAUAUAAUUUCAUUAAAAUAGAAACACAUUACGCCACGGCGCCAUAUGCACGCCCACACACACACCGUCAAAUCCACACAGUCAGCGUUCUCCCCUCUCUGUUUAUGUAAACAUCUUGUUGCCUCCUGCGACUGCCUCCUGUUAUGAAAAGUUAUUGCGCCGCAUAAUGUAGCGUCAUUUACUUCUCGGCACACCUGCCCUAACUCACUCAUCAUAAUAAAACCGUGAUUGAUCCGCGCUCCCCUGGGUGUGCUGAUGCUGAGAAAGUCUUCGGCCUUGGAGGAGACGGAGCGGGUUGUCUUUGAGAAAGUGGGCCAGGGGUAUCGUGUCCCCGCCGCUUCGGUGCUGUCAGCAGAAGAGAGAGGCGAGGCGGGACGGAUGUGACGCAGACGAUGAUUACUGUUUCCACCUCCUGGUUCCUUCAGGAGAUAAUGACGGAAAUUUGAUUCUGAUAUGAGCGAAGUUAGAAAAGAUUUGGACGGAGCUUUCUCAGAGAGGAUAAUUUAGUACUUUUACCCAUCGAGACAGCGUCUAAAGGCGUCAUCUUUCUCCAGGUGAUGCACAGUCCUGCUGCAGACUUUGCAAGAACCUUUAAGUCAGUAACCCGCACUGCACAAAAGAAAAAACGAAAAAACAGCACAGGCGAAGAGGACAAACAUGAUUAUGAAAAAAAAAUGCACGUUAAAUAAUGUGUUCAUGCAGGUUCUCAUUAUACUCAGUGUGUUAACUUUGUAACCCUGAACUUAACACACAACCUUUGUUUACAAAAAAACUCCACAGGGCUUCUCGGAUUUAUCUCGUGACCCUUUAUGGGGGUCCAACCUCAAGUUAAGAAACCACCAGACUAAAUUCAGUCCUGUUCCUGAAGCUCUUCGCUGAUGUUCGAGAAACGCAAAAGGUUAAUGUCGAAAUUUUACAGAAAAAUCUCCUAAUUCAGGCCACAGACCGGGAGUAGCAUGUGUCUGCAGACCCAGAGUCCGCAGAUUCAGGGCCAUAUUUCUGUAACUGCAACUCUGAGACCCUGUAGGGGAGACUGGGGUAAGUUGAGCCACCCCCCGUCGCUUGGAAAUGGUCGAUCAUGUGACCAAAUAUUUAGGAGAUGGACAUCAAUUCAUGGAGUCUGUGAAGGUUAGAAGCACAUGAGUGAAGAGGUUAGACAUUUAUUUACAAAAAAAAAAAAAACAUUUUUCACUCUUGAUCAUAAGUUUUAUUUGAAGGAUACGGAUAGUAGGGAUACGGCUCAACUUAUCCCACUCCUAUGGUCAACUUACCCCAUACACGGGGUAAGUUGACCAUAGGAGACCACUUUUUUUGGCAUGUUAUAUUAUCAAGACAGUUCUGUUUACUCUCAUUCUGUUGGUUUGCAGGGAUGAACAACAUCCUGAAAUAUCUGCAGAUAAACUAGUUAGAGACAAAACUAUGAUUGACUUGAUGUAGUGAUCUGAAAUAUGAAAAAUGGCUCAUCUUACCCCACUCUCCCCUCUCCCCUACUGCUUGCUGAAGACCACUAGAACUGCAGUCCUACGAUUGUGGUCUUGAAACUGCAGCCUCCAUCUCUGCAGACUGCGCCUGGUCGGUGCCUCAUAUAGGUGAAUCUUUACGCCCCUGACAACCACAGAGUGACUUAUUGUCAUCACUGCUCAAUGCACAGACACACACACACACACACACACACACACACACACACACGUAUAUUUCAGGUCCCUUUUAGCCACUAAAGGACAAAUAAAUGGGUCAUUCAGGAAGAGUGUACCAUUCACACUGACAUACACAAAAUGAUGGCCCAUUGCAUCAUCUGACACCCCCACCCCCCCUUCCUCUCAGCGUCCCCCUCCUCCUCCUCCUCCUCUUUCUUCUCCCCAUCCUUCCAUCCAUCCAUCCAUCUUCCCUCCUUCAUUCACUCUAUUGAUUGAGCCUUUCAAUUUCCGGCUGUAAUUCAACGACACUGUUGCACUUGAAUAUGUAAAUGAGCCCAUGGGGGUUGUCUGUGCUGCUGUUGUCAUGGUAACAUCUCAUCAAACACAGGGACGCACACACACACACACACACAGGACAGUGUCUCGCACAAAUACACAACACACACACACGUACAACGUCCUCCUUUGGGGUUAGGAAGGAGAGACAAGGUGAAAUGUGUGUGUGUGUGUGAGUGUGUGUUUUGUGCUGAUGUGAAACCGAAACUCUGACAGUGGCAUGAGAUUUGGCCGGGGCUAGAAUGACCUCACUGUACCCUUGGGUGUGUGUGUGUGUGUGUGUGUGUGUCUUUUUCAUGUGUGUGUGUGUUUGAUAGAGAAAAAGAGAGAGAGAGAAAGAGAGCGAGGAGAAAAUUCCUCUGAUGAUGUCCGCAGCCUGGCCUCGUGCUCUUUGAACGCCCUCCCCUCACCUCCCUCUCUUCCUUUAAAGACCCCCCUCCCCUCCCCUCCCUCCUCCUUUUCAUCUAUAUCUCCCCCAUCUCUCCCCCCCUCCCUCUCUCCCCUCAUGCCAUGUUUGUGCGGCCCUUUAAUCGCGCUGACAGGAGAACAGCGCUCUGUGUGGCUCCUGCCACCAUGCGUGCACAGAAACACACCGUGAACAUCAACACAUGCAGUAUUAAUACGUCCUCCACGCGCUUUUCCUCACGUGCACGCUAAUGAACUCCUGGACGCACGCACACAUACACACAUUAUCAGUCUUAAGUGUUGAGCCUCGUAAUGCCCUCCUCUCCCCCUGUGCCACUCUGUCCCUUUACGUUGCUUCGGGGACAUUUUUAGGUCACGAGUAUGUCACACCAAUCUGUGUCUGUGUGUGUGUGUGUGUGUGUGUGUGUGUGUGUGUGUGUGUGUGUGUGUGUGUGUGUGUGUGUGUGUGUGUGUGUGCACAGGGGGGCUGGGAGAGUAUCUGUGUUUACUGCAAUAUGUGUCUUCAUCUGUGAGUUUGUUUGGAGAUAUGUGUUUGAGUUUAUAUAUUUGAGCAUACAAGAGGAAAACAUGCAGCAUACGCCGGCAAUGGUUUUAAGAUUACUGACAUUUCUUUGGCUGUAAAGUUUUCGUGAAGCGUCUCGGAGGAUAAAAAGUUAAAGGUCAUAACUGACACCAACUUCGAUUUGUAAAGACCGCACGAACAAGAGGGAUUCAAAUCAGAGAGGUGAAGAAAGAGCUGUGAUACCAUUAUGAAACAGAAGAGGGCGCUUUUAGCCUUUGACUAGUAUUAAGUUAGCUAAUGGAGCGCUCACAACAAGCGCAAGUAAAAUCAUCUGCUCGCUUAAUUCGCGCAAAUCUAGACGCGUAUUUACUCGCUUCAUUUAUGUGUCAACGGUAUCAAGUGAUAGAAUUUGUUUUUUUUCAGUUUACCAGGUAAUCCGACCUCCUCACUCAUCUGCCUCCAGGUGAGCUCCUUUUUGUUCCAGUGCUAGCUCUGCAAGGGUUAAGCUCCUUUCACACCGGGAGCGAUUAUUUCAGACGUCUAUAUUUUUUUCGAACCCGUAUCCUGUCAAUACAAGCGUUCACAUCAGCGACGUUUUGCCGUCCUGCAAUAUUGCAGCAUUUAUUUUUUCGUAUCACGGACGAUUUUUUCUAAAGCUUCGCAUACUGUGUGUCCACUUCCGACCAAUCAGAUUUCGUGUUGUUGCGACGUCAGAUUCACUGGUAUAUCCAACAUAGCCGACUGGCUGAUUGUUUACGUGUCGGAGAACAGGGUGAUUUUUGAUAAAAGACACAAAUAUUACAAAGAUAACGACCUGAAGGACGACUUGUGGAGAGUUAUAGCGUCUGAUUUCUCAUCUGACGAUGGUUUGUGUGUUUUAACAGUUUGAUAAACGUCUUUGUUUUAACUCUCAUCUGUGCUAAGUAACUUUAGCUUGUAAGCUAACCUGUUCAGAUACAACAUACCAUAUGUAUUUUCACUGUCUCAAACUCAAUUGCGUUGCUGUCACAGCACCAUUAGGUCUCGGUUGUUACCUUACAUUUAUGGAUUAUAGUUUAAUGUGCUUAUCUGUUACUGACCCCGACUCAGUACAUGCUAUCAUGACAGACAGUCAUCUUAACACUAGAGUCUAAUCAGAACUGAAAAACACUCAGCCUGCUGUUGGGUCAGUCUUCUCGCUUCCACCCAGGAAGUCGCAAAAUAGCAUUGGGCUUGAUGUGUAUAGUCAGGCGCAUCAAAAUUCGCCUCCAAAUAUUUCGUAAUAUCGCGUCGUAAUUUUGCGUCGGUCCCGGUGUGUAAGGAGCUUUAGAUCAAAUUGAACAAACUGUGCACAAUUUUGACUUUUUUCUUACUAAUUAUUUGGUCAUAAUUUCAUAUUUCCAUUUUACACCCUUGAGAUGAGUCACUUUGAAGCAUCUCUGGCUACGACGCCAAACACUUUCACAGUUGAUCAUUCACUUAAUUGGUUUUUACUACUCCUGUGUAAUCCCAGUAUCUCUUGGAAGAAACUUUUGUGUCAUGCUUGUUAUCAAAACAAAAUUAAAGUAACCAAAGGAGCAGGCAUCAAAACAAACAGAUUUAUGAGGCCGUCUCUUCUUUUUUUAAAGCUUGAACAGACUCUGAGUUACUGUGAAAAAAGACAAAAAUUUUGGACCGUGAACACAGCGUGUUCGCACAAUGACGAGAGUGUGCGCUCCAUCCUUGAAACAAACCUGGUUAAUUCCUUUUAAACACACAGGUAGAAGAUUUCUUUGAGCCUUUGGUGUUUAAAAAGAAAGAAAGCAGUUGUUUAAAAUCAAUGCAAAGCUGUCUCUCUGCCUCCCUUAACGGAUAAAUCAUUAAUGCAGCUCCAACAAGCCUGGACAUUUAUCCGAACAAUAAGUUGUGUGAUGAUACGUCUGGGGUAAAAAGCUGGCAGUCUCCUCAUCAUCAACACGGACACUUCACAUUGGGUUUGAACCAAGAAGGAAACGUUUUCUCUCCCCGGUAAAAAAAAUAAAUCCUGCAAAUGUUCUCCACAGUGGUUUCGUUUGAGCUCAAUUUUGGGAGGAAGUGGAGAGCCUCGUGGGCAUGUAUGAGUGAGUUCUUGCGCCCGUGCAUGUGCAUGUAGGUUUGAGAGCGUGCAUGCACACUGCUAGGCAAAUGAGCUUGUCAGUAUUCGGUGCAGGCCUCUCUCUGGUGGCAGGCAGAUGACAGUGCAGUGAUUGGGCUGAUUUCAGUGAGGACGUGAGGGGAAAUCUGAAGGCUGCCUCAGGGCUCAGGUGCUUAUCACCUCCCCGCACACACUCGCACGGGCGCCGUGUACGACACUCACACAGGUACAAAAUCAACGCUGAACUUUCUGCCUCUGCCCAUGAUAGUUCCAGACACACGCGUGAAACCAAAGAAAUGAGUGACACACACAAACACGCAUGCACACUGCAGAGCUAAUUAUCAAAAUGACUCCCGGUCCAUCCCCUCUCACAUCUGCAGACAUGUGUGUGUCUGUGUGUGUGUGAGACCAAUUAUUAAAGCCCUGGGCAGGCAGGUAAAAAAGAAAUUAGAGUUUGUCUGAAGGUCUGCGCGCACUUCCUAAGAUGAUCAUUGACAAUUAAUUACAGCCCAAAUGGCAGGUGGUAUCUUGCGCACACAAACACACACCGGCUUUCCAACUCGAUCAAGCCAUGGUCGUUCAUUUCUGUGUCAAUCAUAUUCAGCUUAUUUGCAUGCUGUUCCAGCUUCCCUCAUCUGUUAAUGGCCUUUAAAAUAUGCAUAAGUAUAUUCAUUCAGCAGCCAGGCAUGCAUGUUUUAAGAGUCUGCCAAGGAAACGGUCUCGUGAUUGGCAGUUCAUUCCUGUGUCAAUACUUGAGACGUUUUCCUGAUUUAGUUUCUGACAAGAAAACUCUUUCAGUUUACUGUUAUACUUGGAUAACUUGGAGGCUAUCAGCACAUGCAUGAGGUCCAAACAAGACGCCCAUGAGUCGAGUCCACGUAAGAUACUUUCUUGUGAGAGCAGCUUUUGGUGUCUUUCUUCUACCACCACCAGAAAAAUGUACAGCGACACCAAAUGUUCAGACAGACUUCGAUUAUUUCUACAAAUGAGGACGUGGCAGCGUAACUUCUCUGGUGUUUGUCAAGUUAGGCCCAUGAUACUGAAGUCUAACCCCCAAUUUCGAAAAGGUCGUAGGCACCGAUCGCAGCUGAUCGUUUCUUUCAAGUUAAUGUGUCAAUUUCCACCGGCUUCUUACCGGCCCCCUGCGUUCAGCGGACUUUGUAGCAGAUCGCCAGGGUUCUGCUUUUUCAAGACGCCACAGCAUGCCGUAUAAAUUCAGCAAAGAUUAACCCGUGCUGGAAAGGAAGUCGGGCACAGACACAAAAUAAAACAUCCGGCUUUCAGACGCCAUUUCACCCCGUUGACACCAUGGAUGAGGAGAUGUUGAUUCUAGAAGUCCAGAAGUAGAUCUCCUCCUCUGGAAGGACACAAGCUUAUGUGGUUAUGUGGCUGUCUUUAUAGAGACAACUCGUUAUCGUGCGAUUGCUUGUGAAUCCGUGGGUUCUUGUGAUCUUCUUGUGAUCCGGUAGGAAUCAGCGGACGGUGAAAAAAAGGGGUAAUAAACCAAGUGAUGAAGGCUCUCAGUGCCACCUGUCUCUGUUGAUGGUAUCAGCAUGGACCAGGGGAUGGAUCUGGGAUGUCAGAGCGAAGUGUAGGCCCAAAUUAAUGAGACACUGCUGUAGUUAAGUUCCUGACCAACAGGCUCAGUGAUGUUUGAGAUUAUUUUUGCUGUAUUCCAGUGUGAAAGAGAAACUAAUCUAACUCACCUUUGCACAGGGAAAAGUACGAAGUGCAGACAAAAGUCGGCAAACUAAGUUGGUAUUUGUCAACACUUACCAGAAAUACAAAUAGGCACUUAUAUUGGUAGGGGCAUGAAUCAUACUAACCAAUGCAUGCUAUGAUAUAACAACAGAGCAGUAUUAUACAAUAUAUCAUUGUGUAAUUGACGCUCAAAGCCUUGAAUGUCACAUGCCUGCAGAGUGACUCCAUACGUGAACUACUGACGGCCUUGGAUACAUCUGCAGAAGUCGUGCAGCCUCACAGGACUGCGGUUUCACUUCAGUUCUGCUGCAACUUAAAAAAAAAAAAAGAGGGACUCAAAAGAGUGACUGACAGAUGACUAAAGAUAAAUGAGGGUGAAGAGACGGUGAGGGUUUGAGUCUUUUGUGCUGAAAGUGUCUCAGAAGCUGCUGUCCGAGGAAACAGCAUGAGAGGAGGCCCGCCUUUUCUGUCUGUGCUCAAUCCUGUACGUGUCUGUGCACGUCUCUGUCUCUCUGCAUCUUUUCUGCCACUUUCCUGCUUUCUUGUCGUCAUCUUUCACUCAUCUUCUGCAUGUGUGUGCUCCAGGAAAGACUGUAAAUUAAACAUCUGAGCCUCUCUCUCUCUCUGUCCUUGGCUCUUAUUCCUUUGCUCUCUUCCUCUCAUGCGCUCACUCAGUCCUCCCCGGCUCGCCCACGACUGUAUUUCUUCUUCCUUCUUUCAUCUCUGUCCUUCCCCUCUCUUCUCUCUCCGGGCGAGAGACAGAGAGGGUGAGGGAUGGCGCGAGGAGGCGGUGGACUGGGGUGGGUGGAGAUCAUAGAGGAGAUGAGGCCGUGUGGUGCGGAUGGAUAGACAGAUGCAUUGAUAACGGCUGCCGACUCCGCAGCACGCUCGCUGCAUAUCCGAUCUCUCUCCCCUUGUCUUCUCUCUCUCCCUCUCUCGCUCUCGUCUCUCUUUUUCAUUUCGGGACUAAUGCUCCCGUAGCCUUCAAAUGUCAGUUCAGUAUGGCAACCUAUUAGAUGGUUAGCCAGAGUGGCUGACAGCUCUCUCUCUGUCUCGGCCUCUCGCCUCCUCGCACACAUUCAGGACGGGAUGAUUGUCUGAGGCUUUUGCCGUCAUUCAGAGCGAGCUGAGAGCAAAAUACUCGCUCAUAUCUUCUAUUAGAAACAUCACCCCACCCUGCCGGCGGCGGAUUCAAAGCUUCCAUAUUUAUCCAUCAACAAUUAAUCACCAUAACUUUUAAGAGUGAAUUGAAAAGAACCGUAAUAUCACCAAACGCUCCACCGUCCCUCCAGUUUACAGAGCUUCUCUCAGUCCGCAGUGUUUCGUUUUCAGCUUGAUGUUUUGCUUUUUACAGCCCACAUCUCUGACUGCUUCCAGUGGCCUCGAAGCAGAAGGCGGAUGUUUUCAGCAAAUAAAAAAAAACUCUCAAACCACACAGUUCAAGCUCUUUUCAGCGCCAGACAGCUCACAGACCAAGCGGCAAACCUAAGCUGAAAAACAACACCAGCAGGGAAGAGCAAAGAGCUGCAGUUCCAUGAGUGUCCACUCGAGGCUCUAAAAGCCAGUGCAGUCCCCUAAACAUCUUAAAUUUUUGCAGCGUAGUUAGCUUACAGGUGGGCACAUUGUGGUUGUUUGCCAGGAUAACAAACUCCCACUUAAGCUCCACCUCUUUGAUUAUCUCUAUGUUAGCUUGUUGAGUCAGCAUUUCCUCUGAAACCAGUGAGUGAUGUCAACACGACCACAUCCAUGUUUCGCACAGUCUAUGUGACAGACAUGAUUAGAACUUUACAUUUAAACUGUAUUUAUCCGCUCAAACUCAAAAUAUACAGCGUACCAAGUCAUCUGAAGUAUUUUAGCAUUUAAGCGUAACCUGACCAUCGAAUGCAUUCUUGACUUUGGAGGACAUGUGCGCACAAUUAGCACACCAAAACAUCUACAUCUAUAUUUACAUAUGAGCAGGUCCACUGUCACCAUCUUGCGCCGCCAUGUCUCUACAGUGGCUCAUGAUGGACAAAAUAGUGACACAACUGUUUUUGUAUUUCAUGAGUGGAAAUGCAAAACGCACUGAAAAAAUGUUUGCAUAUUUAUCAUGGAUUACAAGAGCUUCUAGUCCUUGAAACCACCUUUGCUUCACCAGCAGCAGGGUAGAGUAAAGGAGUUUUUCAAUCCUAAAUUGGUUCAUUAGAUAUCGCUUAAUAAACACACAGUCCCUUCAAGCCAAUUUGGAUUGGUCUGAAUUGAAUCAGCUUUGGAAAUGACUCAAUCUGGUGAUAUUUUUGCACCGUUUUACAUAUUCAAUUUGUUGUUUUUGUGCUUAUUUUUAAAGAAAAAGAUAUCACAGUGAAUAGGGUGACCGUAUUCUGAACCCCCAACAAGAAGAUACAACUACCAGUAAUUUUGAGAGUUUUUUUGGGUGGGAUCCAAUGUCUUUUACACACUUUUGACUCGGUAAGUCCCCAUGACACAAACUCGAAACUUCCAUACAAAAACCGCAGACAUUUGAAGGAUUUUAUAAACUUCCCCGGACAGCGCUGGGCAGCCCCAAAAAAGAGGACAUGUCCUGGUUAAAGAGGAUGUAUGCUCACCCUAACAAUGGAUACUGAACGUGGUCAUUAAUGACUGAAUUCUAGUACUGACUUAGCCCUAGUGGUCAAAUAUAUAUUGCAUCCUGACCAGAAUUUCAACUUUAAAGCGGCAUAUAUAUUUGACUCUGAGGUUGAAAUUUCUUAAAUGUCAGUAUAUCCUGAUAAAAGCUGACCAAUUAGAGGUCAUUAGGAAAAUAUUUAUAAUAUGAAGUAAUUGAACUAGCUUUGCUUUGACCAACACUGACAUUAACUUGGUGUUAGACUCAAAUUAACUCGUAGUAAUCCAUUAAAACACAGUAAUACAGCACCGGCAGGAGCCAUUAUGACGUAUAAUGAGAACAAUUUGGAUGUAUGAGAACAUGUGUGUUUGUGCUCAUACUGGAGGUAGAAUAAGUAUACUCUGAGGUAUUGAUAAUUUUAUCUAAGUAUUGAAUAUGGCUGUAGAGGAAAUACAUCAGCAAACAGGGAUACAGAGGCAGUUAUAUACAUAAACAGAGGGAGAGUGAGAGAGCGGCAUGAAACAGAGGAUUAGGGGCUUAGUUAGCCUGCAUGAAAUCCCCUUUUCCUCUCCCGCCCUACAAAGGGAAGACGGCAAUUGUCCACGUUUUGUGAAAAGAAGGGGAGAAGGAGAAAUGGGGGGAGGAAAGAGAGGAGGACGCAUCCAUCCAUCCAUCCAUCCAUCGCUGUUGUUUUUCUAUGUUUCCCCCAUGCUGCUCUGCAUGGCUGCCACCCCACCUGUGACAUCACAUCUAUCAAUACAGGAGGUGUUUUUCUCCUUUUUUUUUCAUGUUUGGCAAAAAACGAAAGGAGGAAAGGAGGAAGGGAGGAAGGGAGGAAGGAGUGACAUUGGCCUUGAAACCUGCUAUUGUCUUGCCUCCAGGACGGCCAGCAGCCAACCAGGCAGCUCAGAGAGAGAGAGAGAGAGGGAGAGAGAGAGAGAAAGAAGGGGGGACAAGGGGAGAGACGGUUGCCAUGGUUACUUCCCGGGAGAUGCGAGCACACUUGUUUAUCUGUUGGCCGAGGGAGCGUGCACGGCGGGCCCUCUCACUGAGCAGAUGUGUUUGUGUGUACAUGUGGGUGUGAUAGAGAGUGUGUGUGUGUGUGUGUGUGAAUGAGACUGGACGCGCACACGCAGACACACACACACACACACACACACACACAAGGACUCAUAAACUGAGCCUUCCACGGGUAUCUUUGUAAACAAACCUCCACACACACACAAACACACACCUGCUCAAUAGAGCUCCAGCUUACCUGCUCGGUUUUAUUGAGCCAACAGGAGUGGACUGAUGCAAACUAAUUGGCCUGGUGUGAGCUGAGACGCCUGCUGAAGAAAUCAGACGAGAACGAGAGAGAGGGAGAGAGAGAGACAGAAUUAGAAGGAUGGAAGAUAAAAACAGACAAAAGGGAGAGAGAGAUCGCUGAAUGACGGAGAAAGAGGGGAAGGAAAUGAGAGCUGAAUGAGAAAAAGUCAGACAAAAAAGGAGGGAAAGAGGAUGAGGUGUGGUGUAUAAAAGGGGGUGUUGAGAAGGAAAUGAGACAGGAGGGAAAAAAGAGGUGUAGAGGCUCAGAAAGGGGAGAUGAAGAGCGAUGAAGAGGCAGAAUGAGAAAAUGACAGCAAUCCAGGCUCUUGAAAGGAAGUGAAAAGGACAGAAAUAUGAAGAAGCACCUGACUCGAAAGGCAAAAAAAAAAAAAAGAGAUGAAAACAACAAGACAAUCGGAGGACUGAUGAAAGGGGAACAUCAAAAUAAGAGGGAGAAAAUACAGCGUGAUGACACGACUUAUGAUGUGACGAGAUGCGAAGAGACGAGUGCAAGCCGAGGCGCGCUGCCAUGUUAGCAGAGAGAAGCCCCAGUCCUGCAGAGCCGACACUGCGGGCACUGUAGUAUGUCAAAUGUCACAGACACUAAGCCACAAGGCUGCACAGGCUCUCUCCCUCUCUCUCACACACACACACACACACACACGUCAUCAGACACAGACGCCCCCACAGAGGCACACAGCCUGCUUUCAUGUUUGUGAAAUCACACGCAUUGGAGUUUGUUUUAGUCGAGCAGACUUGACUGAACCACGGCUAUGCAAGGACGGAAUUUACAGCAAUAAAACGAGACUCGUUUUUUUGAUUUAAGAAGCUGCAUGUGCACAUUUUACAUAUCAGAUGGACGUCUGUGUGAAAGGGUCAUGCUUAGGGCUGGGCAAGAAACUGAAAAUUCACUGAUACUGAAAUUUACGACAAUAACUGACGUCAUUUUGCCCAUAUUGGUAUGGUCGGUCAUUGUCGUAGAUGUCGUAGUCAUGCAUCAGAGAUGUGACUCCACCCCAUGCAGUCCAUAACAAAGAGGGAAAGACAGGUGAGGAGAUGGAGGACGGUUCAAAAGUUGGAGCGGCUGAAGUAGACAAAGUUAAUGUGGGAGGGGGUGAGCAGCUUGUGGAGUAGUUAUCGUCCGUUUAUCGUGAUCGAGGUGAACUGAUCAAUAUAUCGUGACAUUGAUUUGAGGCCAUAUCGUCCAGCCCUAGUCAUGCUUAAACAGCCAGAAAGGGGCCCAAGUAACUGCAAGCUACUUAAAAGUGACCUUUAAGCCAUAAAACAUAGAAGUUGGAUCUACUCUCAGUCGCAGCUGCAGAUCUUUGUUUUUAUUUUUGAUUUUGUCUACAUCCUGAAUGCAGCAGAGGUGUCGAGUCAAAGCAGAAAAUCACUCCCCUCUUCUUAAAGAUCUGUCGUCUUCUCUUUAAAGAGGUGUUUCAUUAGGUAUGUUGCAGCGUGUGAUAACUAUCGAUUCUUCCUGUUCCUGCUUUUUUUUUUUGCACACCUAAACCUGCUUGUUUCGUCAAAAGACUUUGCACGUGCUUUAUUGACAAUGCUACGUGUGAUCCUCUUUUGUGCCGCCUGAUCAUUCAGUGUGAGGAUGUUGAUUUCUUGUUUUAAUGCACCAAAAAAACUAAGAGAUACAGCAGAAAUUCUUUGUGGGGACACGCAGCAAAAAGUCAAACUGAGGACCAAAUGCUCAUCCAGGCCAAACAGAACCACAGAAUCUGUCGAAUCUCUACUACUAGAAUUGAUCAAUUUGACGGCACAACAUGCAUAACCUGGCAAAAAUGACGUAAACAACCUGAAUGGUGUCGCAAAGAGGCACAUGCAAGAUGAGGACAGCUGCCAUGUUAGCAGAUUAUGCAGAGCGGACUUCACAAAGAGUAUCGGGAAACAGACGAGGGGGGGAAACUCAACCACAGAGAAAGAGUGACUGGUGUCAAUCGGAGGAAAUGUCCUCUGGUGCGUUGACACUUUUCUCAGAAUAAGUCCAAAACAGAAACUGUCCUCUUUAAUUUAUCAGACGUUACAGACAUGUAUCUGUACUUGGACUUCUGCAGAGAGGGAAACGUGGACUUACAAACAGCUGCAGGUUCUCUGGGGUUCUCUGUAGCAGCACUGUUGUCCCCGGACACUGAGACCUAUUAUCGUGUGUCUUCAUUUGCACAGAGGAAACUUGAGUAGAAGUGUGCAUCCUCACAUGUAUGUGUGUGUUUGUGUGUGUGUCCCUGUUUUUUUUUUCUAUGUGAGGUGAGGAUAAGAGUCACCCUCCUUAAAAUAACAAGCUAGCCCUUUCCCCCUAGGACGGAAAACAGCCAUCCAGGAUGCUGCCUGAUCCGGGGCCGCCCUAGUUCACUGCUCAAUCCAUCUCCCUCUCUCUCUCUCUCUCUCCCUCUCUCUCUCUGUGAAUCACACACACAAAGUCAGUCGUGGCCUAAUAAGCGGGGUGUCUCUUCUUUCUCUCGCUGCUCUCUGCUGCAGAAUCACACAUGACAGAGGAUUGUCGGUUGCCCACUUCCCUCACUGGACGACCUUCAUGGCGCUCGCUGUGCUAAAAAAGCCCAGAACAUUAUCAAAGACACCUCCCAUCCUGGUCACCUCCUGUUUGAACUUUUGCCGUCAGGCAGACGCUAUAGGACAAUCAGAUCCAGAACGAACAGACUUAAAAACAGUUUUUUUCCGUCAGCAAUAACUACCCUCAAUGCCUUAAGGAAGUGACUGAAUACCUAUUUACUCAUUUACUUUAUUUAUUCGGAACUUAUUUAUUUAUUUAGAACUGCUAUUUAUUACUGUAUUUGUUUUUAAUGAUGCACUGACUGUCUGGCAUUUUUUUAAUUUCGUUGUACUGGUUACAAUGACAAUAAAGGACUAUUCUAUUCUAUUCUACGACCACGAAGCUGCAAACACACCAACUGUCGCUGACAUACUAGAGACACAUGCGAACACGACAGAGCACCUCCAUCUCCACCUCCACCUCCAGCCAAGUUUAACAAGCUCUAACAGGCAGCGGUCAGCAGACCAAAGCUCAUCUAUCCGGCGAGCUCUAAUUUUUAUCAGCUUGUGCACUUCAGCAGCAGAUCCCUCAGCUCUGUCUCACUCGCCGUGCAAGGGACACUACGAGAGAACAGGCCUCACUUACUCAAUUAAUAGCUCUCUGUGUGCAUGAGCUGAUACUGAAAUAUAGCACACGCAGUGCCAAAACUGAAAAGAGGGAAUAAAUAAACAGCAGCAAAUGGUUUUAAGGACUUAGCAGCGUCUAAUUUGCAACUAAGAAGGUUUUUAUUGCAUAAAAAAUGAGGAUUGUAAGAAAAUUUGAGAAGGAGGGAAGAAUACAGGCGAAGCAAAAUCUCAUUAUGCCCUGGAUUUUGUGGCGGUAUCAGUGUGUGCCGGAGAAAACACAUAAAUUCUUCAUGUGCUUAUCUUCCUUGACCUGCAUGUGUCUGGAUCGAGGGAUGUACGCGUGUUUGAAGGUGUGUUCGCUUUCAUAUGUGUGUGCACGAGUGUUUUCUCCCUCGAUAGGCGAAGUUAUGAGCCAGCCAGGCCUGCGGGCUGCUGGGCUGUAUGGAAAUGAGGAGAAACGCCGCUGAGAAGCAGGUGAUGGAGGAGAAAAGGGGGAGGAGAGGGAAGGAAAGGGAGUUGGAUAAUGAGAACUCUGAUGAGACGGUACGGAGAGCCCUGUGAAUAGAGAUAUCUACGAGAUAGAAAGAGGUAAAAUAUGAGAGAACAGCAGGACACGGGGAGGUGGAGUAGGGUUAUGAAUGGAGAAGCGAGAGGGGGAAACAGCUGCCACUAGUGGUCGCACGUGAAAUACAGAGAUGUAAAGGAGGAAGAGGAGACGAUGAAGGGAGAAGUGAGGAAUUAAAAGAAGAGGGCAGGUAGAGCUUCAACUCUUACAGGAUGAGAGGAUGAGAGGGUUGGGCAGAGCGGUCGCAGGCGUUAAAUAAGAGAAAACAAGAUGAAAAAUAACAUCACGCUGGGGAGACAGAGCUGAAGACAGAGCAAUUUAGCCAAAACAGAGAGAAAGAGAGCAUGAGGGGAGAGAUAAAAACUGAAAAAAGAGGAGGAGGAGGCCAACAGACUGAUACAGAGCGAGGAGAGAGACGAGGAAGAAGGAGGAGGAAGAGGAGGAGGAGGAGGAAGAGGAGGGCGCUGGCAGUGGCAGAACACGGGUGCAGGCGUGGAGACUGUGGCAUGCAGCUCAAGUUGGCAUGGACUCUAUCACACACUCUCAGGCCUGGGCACAGGGCCCUCAGUGGCAGAAAACACACACACACACGCACACACACACACACACACACACACACACACACAGGCAGAUCAAACACAAGGACAUUUCUCUAAGUCGUCUCCACACACACAUGCGGAGGGCGGAGAGAGAAAAACACAGAGCUCAGACACAGCCUGAUGCACACACACUCUCAAUUAGUCGCAGACCCACACACACACGCACAUAUGAAGGAAAAAAGACGGAUGGAUGAGUGUGUGCAUGUGUGUGUGUCUAAUUGUGCCAGCGCUGCCAGAGCAGAAUGAGGGAUGGUGUCUCAAAGCUGCUGCUGCCGCUAAUAGCCGCUGACUGGAGGUGACAGGCUCCCUCUCUCCCCCUCUUUCUCCCUCUCUCCCUCUUCUGUGUCUCUCUUUCCUCUUUUUUUUUCUCCAUCCAAUCAGCAGUCAGCACAUCUGUCCGUCCCGCUUUCCCUCAACCCAGUUCAGCUCAUCCUCUCCCCCUUUGUUUCCCCCUCGUCCCCUUCUCCCUCUCAUAUCUCUCCCCUUGCCCUUUUACCCUCGAACCACCUCCCCCACCUGCAUCCUCCUCCUCCUCCCAUCACGCUUUCAUCUCCGCUCCUCCUUACCCCCUCCUGCCCGCCACCUUUCAUCACUUUCUCUCUCUUUUUCACCCCCCCUUUUCCCUCGCUCCCUCGGCUCUGUCCUCUCCAGCCGGUCCUGAUGAUGCACAGGAGAUGGCUCAUGCAUGAGUGAUUGCAUGUGCAUGUGUGUGUGUGUGCGUGCGCAGACACAACCAUAAACAUAAAAUGAAUGUUGUCAGCAUAGAAAAUGUGUGUGUGUGUGUGUUCGUGUGUUCGUGUGUGUGUGUGUGUGUGGGGGUGGUUGCACAGGUAGGAAAGUUAUUAUUCCUGGUGCGCUGCAGCAUUUCAGGCCUGGACGAAAAGAUCAAACAAAGACGAGAGAGAGGACGAACACACACACACAGGAAGAUAAAUACGCACACAAACAGACCCACACACACACACACACAUCGACGUCUGCCAUCCUCCAAUCUCCUGCUGCCUCUUCAGAUCCCCGGCUUCUGCAGUUGCCUCACGUCUGGACUGUGUCCACAGAGACGAGAGCCGAGCGAGAGCGCUGCUCUGUUUUCUAUCUGCACCAGGUUAUUAGACACAUGCAAUUAGCAAGCUCGAGCAGGAUAAAUAUGACUGUUUGUGUGAGUGUGAUUGUGUGUGAGAGUGUGUGUGUGUGUGUGAGAGAGAGUGUUUAGGGAGGGUGCGUUUGUGUGCAAUCAGGGACAGAUUGUACAGGAUGCAUCUGGGUUGGCCUGAUGUGGAGAUGAAGAGGGGGACAGGGUUGUUAAUAUUAUAAGAGCUGCCAAGUGUGUGUGUGUGUGUGUGUUUGAAGCAGUUUGUGCGAAUCAUAUCAAACCCUAAUUUAAAUGUGUUUGAUGUGUGUGUUUGUGUGUGUGUGUGUGUGUGUGUGCGGUUGUGUCUCCCCUCUACUCAGGACUUGAGACAUGAGGGUUCGUGAGGUGUGUUUAUGUGUCUUCAGAGUCUUGGUACAUAUUUAAUGCAUGCGUGUGUUUGUGUGUGUGUGUGUGUGUGUGUGCAUGGUUUGAGGGGGAGGGGCCUGAUGUGUGCCGUCCUUCCUAGAGGGAAAGAGAAACGUGGGGAGGGGGGGGACUUUCACUUCACAGCCAAUCGGUUUUGCUUCGCCGAGGCAACCAUCCAUCGCCACCACAGCAACAACAACACCACAGCAACGCAGAACCGGGGGGAAAGAUGGCCGAUGUGUACCGGCGCCUUUGCUCUAUUUAUCUCUCCGUUUCCCCUCCACCCUCUUUGAUUCCCCCUCUGCUGCGUCCUCGUUUUUCGGCCACUGUUGUGUCCGCGCUUUUAUCGGCUAUCUGCUCACCUUAACCUUCUUUUUCCCCUCUCUGUGAGAUACGUCGCAUUAACGGGGCCUUCGCGGGGAGCUCUCCAAGGUGUGACCUGAAAGGGCGAGAGCAGAAUUGAAAGAGGGAGGAUGGAAAGAGAGAGGAGAGAGAGAGAGAGACAGGGAGGUUGCGGUCACAGUUUCCUCCUGAAAGGGCUCUUUUUCAUUUCUUUUCAUCAGCCGCCGCCGCCGCCGCCUGCCUGCGUGCGUAUCUCGCCUCUCCCCUUCUUUUUCUCCCACACACAAAUCCCUUUUCUCUUUAGCUCAUAUGUAUGCAAAUAAGGCAUCCUAUGCUAAUGAGACAGGUAGAAGGAGAAGAAAUGGGCUUUUACAGAGGAGGGGAGGACAGGAUGAAAGGAGGGGGCAAUGGAGGAUAGAGGAAGGGUGAAGGAGGAAGUGAUGCAGGCUGUUUCCCCGUCCCAGGACAGGACUCGCUCCGUCAAUGAAAUAUCAGGGCGCAACAAAACGCUUCUGCAGCAUUUCCAACCUUUAAGAAUGAUGGAGUAUUUAUGACUGCGCAACAUCCACAGCUAAAAAUCCUCAAUAUACACAAUCAGUAUCAUCUGUAACCUGUGUCUCAUGCUUCAGCGGCGUUGAUAGAUGCUCUGUUUUUAAAUAUAACACCCAUAUUUCCUUUAGACUUCACUGCUUUCCUGUCACAAAGACGACAUGGCAACUUACCCCUCCUCCUCCUCCUCCUCUUCCUCCCUCCCUCCCUCCAUAUGCAUUUGUUUUCUCUUUCGUUUUACUGAAAAGGAUAAACAUCUUGGAAGGGAUUUUAUCAUCGGCCUUUCUCUCCUUCCACCAUCUGCCAUUGCGAGAAAAACUCUGAAAGCUGCGGCUCUGCCUUCCUUCGCUGGAAGACGAGCAGAUCUCAGUUUUGUGGCGAGAAUAAUCACGGCACUUAUUUUUUUUAGCAGAAUCCAACCCUGUUGCACUGAUUGGAAACUGCGGCCAAUCUUCUCAGCUUUGUUUAUCAUCAGUAUACUAAUGUCUCAGAAUCGAUGUCGUAAUGAUUUCUCUGAUGUUAAAAUGCGGCGCAGACCUGGCCGUCCGAUGUGUACGUGCUAGACGGCAGAGGCAGUUUUGCCUCAGGUGUGUGGGUCCCUAAAUAGAUAUACAUUAUGAGGUCUGUGUGGUGUGUUGCCAGGGAAACAGGGAUGGCUUGGCACUAAUUGGCUGCAGGUUGGUUGCUAUAGGUGCUGGGUGGAGCAGAUAAGCUGGCUAACUUUAAAUGAUGGAUAGAUAGAAGGUUGCAUAAUUGGCUCCAAGGUUAAAGUAUUCGCCGCGCCUCAGUGUCGGACCACUAACUAUCACUCGCACGUGGUCAUCAGAGGCGAAACAGGAUCCAACAACCAUCCUCCCCUGUACGUGUGUGUGUGUGUGUGUGUGUGUGUAGUCAUUUGUUUGUGUGAGGCCUCCUGCUGAGGGACUAUGAAGGAGGUAAUGGCAUUAUUUGUUUUUCACGCUUAACUGGCUGUGUGUGUGUGUGUGUGUGUGUGUGUGUUUGUGUGUGUGUGCAACUCCAGUGGCGAGCAACAAACCCACAUAGCAAUCUAGCUACAGCCUUUCAUAUCAGGAAUGUGUGUGCGCGCGCUCCUCUGUGUGUGUGUGGCACGAUGCAUUACACUUUAAAUUGGUCCAAAGCUGCAGCGCACAGAGCUGUCAGUGACCAAGCUGCCUGCUGGCACCGUGUCAACCCUGCAGAGUCGCCAGCAAACGCGUCAUGAACACGCUCUCUCCCACUAGUUCUUAUCAGCUUAAAGCUAAAGAUUCACGCCACCUGAUCAAACUCGCAAAGAGGUGUUUAGUCAUGCGGGGAUGAUGGAUGUGCGAGCCAAUUAGAACAGCUGCUACAGAGAGGACACGUGCUGGAACCGUAGACAGGGAUUUAAAAAGAUGGACAACACCACAGCUCCACAAAUGAAACCAAAAACCGCUCUCUUUUUUAGAUUGUGAUCAGAACAACACCUCAAAUCUGCAAGGGCGCAGCAGAGGGCGCUACACUACCACCAAUGCUGUAUUCUUAAUACCAAACUCUUAAAACUUAAGAUAUUUUUCCAGUGUAAUUCUUACUGUUAAAGGAGCACUAGCAAAAAUUUAGUAGAGCCAAUCAGAAUCUUUCAGCCAAUCUGCUGCGACCGCAUGGACCGCAUUGCCAUCACAAACUUCAGGAGUCAUAUAUUUGCAAGAUUAAACAGCAUCCUGAAGAAACCCGAGCCUUCUCAUCUUCAUCCCUCUCUAGAGCGCUAGUUAGCGAGUAAGUAGGGCUGGGACGUUUUCCUUUCUCCCGAUUCGAUUAUACGAUUUUUUUGGAUGCCGAUUUGAUUUAAAUUGCGAUUCUAUGAUAUUGUUCAUUUUCUCAAUUUUGAGUCUGCAUUUUUAACACCAAUGAAACAGUUAAAUGUUUAUGAUUGUCUACUGACUAUUCCAGGAACCAUAUUUCCUAAAACAUACAUCACAUGUAAGUCAGUUUUUAAGAUUUAUUCUUAAAUUUGAAAGAGAAAAAAAAAAUUUUGAACAAAAAAAAUCGAUUUCACCCCUACUAGUUAGCGCCAUAGACUGUUUAUAGAAUUGAUGCCGUCUGCCUCCUUGCUGGGUGAAACAACUGCCAGAACAGCACCCUCUAGUAAUGGGCUGCAGUAUAGGUUAUAAAUCCUGCCUCCUCCAGCAAUCCCUAUGGAGCUAAGUGUCUUCUUAACCCUUGCUGUCAACAUGGGGUGUUGAAUAAGGGACCGUCAAUAAAUUCCUGGUUGAUAUUCUCAGAAAAGGCUGUUUUCCUUCAAUAGCUUCAAUAUCAUGUGACGAAAAGACCAAAAAUUGAUUUCAAAUUAUAGUACUUAUGUUGACCAUUAAGACACACACAUUAUUUGAUCAAUUUUCAUUGUGCCCCAAAAGUUCUUUGUGUGCUCUUUACUUUUUCAACUUAGAGCACAUGUGCUCCUUGUGAAAAAGUUAGUGUCAAGCCCUGGAAUGCGUACAACGCUACUGCACAAGUGGUGGUUCCAGCAAGUGGAGAAAAUCCCUGAAAUACAGAGAGCAAUUCGGCUUCAAAUUCGUAUGAUGACAGGAGGCGGAGCCAAGUUGUCCAUAUAGUUUGUGGUCAAACUGAGGUUUGGUUGGUUAUGUCAGGACUAGAUUAGAGAUUGUUGGUAGACACUCCUAUUGAUCUUGACUGACACAACACUGCACCUCUUAGCAGACAUCACUUAUCAGACACUGGUUGCUGUAUCUGUUAAUGUUUUAAAAAGGCUGCGUCAUAACAAACACAACAAUUACAUGCACCAUACAAGCAAGUGGAAGAGUGGACUAGAGGAGGAAAGCAAGAAGAAAUGCAGAGAACACUAGCACAAGUCAUUUAACUCCCAUAACAGUCAGUGUCUGCUCUAAACUUCAAACUGACAUGAGAAUCUUUUAUGUGCCAUCCUGAGGGGUCUCCGGCAUUUAAUCAGUAAGUUUAAUGAGUAGCCGAUUCUACCAGCCAGUCCUCAUUAAGCAGGCUGCAGCUCCAGAUAUUGCAGUCGGUUAGAGCUCGUCACAGGGACUUUAUUGGGGUGGUAUAACUUUUGUACGACGCGGCAAACUUGAGGCAUGUCAUCUAUUCUCAUAUACAGUCAAAGAUGAGAAACUGUUACUGUUUAAUCAUUCAAUACAUGAUAAAAGUUUCCUGCUUUCUUUUCUUUCUAUCUUUAUCUGCCCCUUCUCUUACCCAGUUACCCUCUCUCUGUCCCAGUGCCCCCUCUGUCUGCAGGAGGGAUGAAGUCAUGCACCGCAGGCAGAGUGCAGAUCCCUCCGCUUUCUCUCUGCCCUCCCUGCGCCCGCCGCUCCAUCACAAGCAUACGAGCGCACGGCUGUGCCAGUGCCCCUCCCAGAACACCUGACUCUGUCUAGUCACGCAUGGCGGGCACUGCACACACACACACACACACACACACACCGACAGACAGGACAGACACACCUACGCGCACAGUAAAAUGCACACCGCCAACCUUGCAUGACGGGCAUAUCCUUGAUUGUCCCCUGAUGUUCCCCACUGCGAGCCUCACCACCAACUGUGGGUAAUAUGCGGUGUGCAGACACCCCUCAUUUUAGCAGAAACACUCCUGACAGAAAGUGGAUGGAGUUACUCCAUCUUUUGUUCCGGUCUGAGACUUAACUGCACAGAUGACAGAGUGUGGCACUAACGCGCUCAGAGUUUAGAGGUUUUAAUUCCCAUCGGCACCCGCCGCGCUAAAAAUAUGUGCACUCACUGGUAUCGUAAGGUAGUUAAGAUAAAAGUGUUCACCACACAGCGUAUGCUCAGUUCCCUGGCCCUGCAUUAGCACUGCAGUAUUUACUCAAUAAUUUCAUCCUGGGAUAUUGGAGCAGCGGUGGCAGCAGUUAAUCUACGAAAUGGGACCUCUACGAUGGCUAAUUCUGUUGAUGUCCUUCACCACUCACCACCUGGGUGCAGAUUAAAGGGAGUGUACGGCCUUAAAACACCAUAAAGCUCUUUAGCACCGUGAGAAGAAACGUGCUUUCUUGGUUUGUUAUUCUGUUUGGGAGCUCAGUCUUUGGGCUAAACAUGGACGCUGUAAAGCAACUCUGACCUCUCAUGUACAGAAAAAAACACGCUGGAUUUCAAGACGACAGGGUUUCACAAAAGACAAUGAAAAAUAGACUUAGCAUCUUUACAGAUUUCUGUGAAGGACGAUUGUAUGUUGUUCAGGAAAACUCUCUAACAAAAUGAGAUCUCAGUCACGGUAAAUUUGCAAAAAUUUGCGGAACAGAAAAAUGAUAAAUGUCCCGUCUAACUACAAGUCACUUUUAGCUCUAAUUUGAACCCAGACUAAGAUGGAUUUCCUCAACUUGUUUUAUAUCUUAACACCAAAUUGAGAUUGUGAGAUUAUGAGCUUAAUGAAAAGAUGAACAUGAAUCUGGUUGUUCCCAUUUCAGCCUCACAAUAGACACUAUCAAACCAAAAUGAAAGUUCAAGGGGAGCGUCCAAAAAGUAAUUAUAUAUAAAGAAAAUGGUAAAAUCUAAAAGGACAAGUUUGUCAAAAUUUCAGAAAAAGUCAGAAACAGUUAUAAUUAUGCAGAAUUCACUUAUUAAACACGGCUCUGUCUACUUUUCUAGAUUAAAAUAAAUCUCCUUUUUGACUUUUCUAACUUUAUUUCACUGUCGUCAGAGUUCAAAAGAGGGAAUGAAGUCUGUGAGUUUGCUACGAUGGCUCUGUUUUGGUAAUAUUUCAGUGCUAGCGGCUCAGUCAUGCACACACAAACACAAACACACACACACACAUCAUAAUGUAUGCAUAAACACAACCUGACAGUCAGACUUGGAAAGGUGCAGGUAGGAAAACGGGGGUAAUUAUCGUUGGUUCUUUAUGAUUAACCAAGAGUGUCACACAGACGCACACACACACACUGCUGUGGUGUCUCACAAAAUGGCGGGGAGUGUGUGUGUGUGUGUGUGUGUGUGUGAGAGAGAGAGGGUGUGUGUGUGUGUGUGUGUGUGUGUCAUAGCAGAGGCUGUGUUGAGGAGAGGCCAGGCAGAGGAGGAUACACAGAGUUGGCUUGCGUGAACUUUGUGCGUCUGUGGGUGUGUUAAGGGGGUAGAAGUCAGGUGAGUGUGGGGUACUCACAGGUAGGAACACCACUGAUGUAAGCGUAAGAGAGCGAGAGAACACAGAGGGUGAAGUCUGACCUUCACUCCAGCUCUCCUUUCCUUCAUCCAUCCUUUCCUUCUUGCCUUCACUCACUCUUCUCCUCCCUCUCUGUAUCCCUGCAGUUCAGCACUCGGUUGCGUGGCAGGUAAUUUGCGCGCUAUUGGAGAUUAAAGUUUAAUUAGUGAGCGAGGAGUCAUUUGGGUCUUAGUUGAGUGGAAUAAGGCAGCGGCGUGCAUGAUUUUCUGUGUGAAUGAGUGUGUGUGAGUGUGUGUGUGUGUCUCCCGCUCGCUCACUCACCCUAACACAUCAAGGCUCAUCACCAAGAGAGAAAGAAAGAGUGGGAGUAGAGGAUCCAAUUCCUGCUUUCAUCAACCAAGAACAAAGGAUGGAGUUUUCCCCCUCCUCUUCCUCCUCACUCCCUCUUCAUUUCUCUCCCUCUUUCUCUUUUCUACUCCUCUUCCUCCUCCUCCUCCUCCUUCCCCUCUGCUCCUGAGUGAGGUUGGCAGAGAUCCACGGCCAUAUUCACACUUUCCCGGUCCCUGGCGAGACACACAUGCUCUCGCACAUACACAUCACCUCCAGCGCCACCAUCACACUGCGCCACAUGCUUGGAAAAAAAAAAAGAGUGAGAGUUAACUUUGCCUCCCUUCAUCCACCUGUGAGAAGUGACCAAUAGAUGCGUCACCUGCAGGGAGAGAUUCACCCCGACACAGUCUGCUUCUCCCUCCCUCAAUCUGUUUUUGCCUUCCGACAAUCUGUUUUUAUCUGUCUUUCUCUGCCAUAAAGUGUUAUAACUUUGUCAUCAGUCUCUCAACUUUUCUUUUUUUCCUUACAACUCUCGGUCUUAAUCAUGUGCACAUCAAACGUGCCAGAUGGUCACACACACCGGUAUGAAUGCACACACGCCUAAGCCGCACAUGCCGGCGUCUUGAGAGCUGUUUGCUAAUGACAGGGGAGUCUGAAUCCCAGCACCGCUGUUAUUUCACCGGCUCAAGACACUAACGCAAAUCAAUAGGCAGCACGGCCCCACGAUAACGAUCUCCGUUUCUCCUCUCCUCCCUGCAUCUCUCCAUUCCUGCCUCUUUUCUCCCCUCCUCCCUCACAUCUGCCUUGAUCUUGCUGCUUUUCCCUCUCCCUCACACUCUCCGUGCCCUCAAUCUCUUCCCUCCUCUUCUUCCUCUGCAUCCCCCCAUCUCACUCCCCCUCAUUUUGUGUCCCCCUGAUCUUGCAGCAUCUCCCCCUCACUUUUCGCCUCCACUCUUUCCCUCCUUCACAUCUCACCACUUACCUCACCUCUCCCUGCUGUCUUUCCUCCUCACCUUCUUCCUCUCUCAUAUCACAUUCCCCCUUCCUCCUUCCCGUCACUCUACUUUCUCUCACCUACCCCCCUACCCGUCUUUCAUUUCUCCCCAAUCUUUCUGCAUCUGUUCUUCCCUCAAACCAUCUCCUCUUCCUCCUCCAGCUCUUUGCGGCCCUGUCAGAUCAAAUGUCUUCUCCUCCUCCCCGCUCUCUCCUCCUUGCAUUUUGGUUAUCUCCCAUCAGCAUAUGGGUGGCUAGCCUCCUUUUAGUGUAGGGCCGGUCUAUGUGUGCUAAUGGAGUGAAGUAUUCCCCAGUCUGGCUCUCAGGUGACAGUGGAAACUGGUGAAGGGGGGUGAAGAGGCCUGACCAAGACACCUUAUAGGAAACUGCUGGGGGCACACAUUGAACAGGUUAACUGACAUGCAAAAUAAAGAAUAAAAACACAAACUUAUGUGUUUAAUCACAGCUACAUCCCUCAAAAACACAAUACCAGACCAAACUAACACCACCUAUUUCUGAAAUGCAAAACGCACGACCGUUGGUUAGCCAAAUUCAGGGGGUCGACAGAACAGGUACGUGCUAAAACUACACAAUAUAGCCCAUUUUAACCCAUAACUCAGUCAAAACUUAACAGAUAUAUAUUAAAAAGAAACUUUUAGAUCCAGUUUAACUUACCGUGUCUGGGAAAAUCUUUAUCUUCGCUCUACAAUUGCGGAAAACGUCCAUAAACUCACUUAAACCUGUGGAGCGCUCAUUUUAGCACCGAACUUGCCUGGGAAAUUCCAUAUUUUGAGCUUUUCCUCAAAUUUUAAGUUACAUGGGAAUAUUUGUCGACAAAUAAGGAGAGGCAACGCAUAGAUAAAAUGUUUGUGGCCAAUUCGGCACAGAUUUUAAUCAAGCCUCUCGGCGUAUAUUUUGACAAAAGCGGGCUUCUGUUGGCUCUUCGCUAGCCACUGGACUACCAUGACGACGUAAUGGAUCCCCCACCCCCAUAGCUUUAUGGGAUAUGAAGUCCCUAACCGGAUUAGCUUUUAACUCGAUUUAUUUCUAAUAUGGCAUUAUAUCAUUUAGCUAGGGUAUAAUUUUGAAAGAAAUGGCAGUGGAUGUUGAUUCUGCACACAAAAAAUCGACCACAAUGUCCACCUGCAUACAUUCAGACAGAUGUACAGAGGAACAGACAGACAGACAGACAGACAGACAGACAGAUAGACAGAUAGAUAGAUAGAUAGAUAGAUAGAGCAGUAAACAAAAAUCUAAAAUAAUAGUCUAGAUAAUCAAAAUUAUAAUGUAUUAAAAUUGCUUUAUUUACCAAUCCGUAUUUAGCAGUAAACAGCCAAGCAGAGGGCGACAUCAAAGUCUGCAUCACCACAACAAAUCUGUCCUUCAGGCUGUGGGUUCAAUAUGCCAGACCAAUAAGCUGCCUGGCUCUGUCUCACCUGAGACGAGGUCACUCACAAACACAAAAAAACACACAAACAAACACACUACUGCCAGCUACUGCGCUGUUGCUACAGGGCGAGGGAAAGGUUUAAAAUAGAGGACAGUGGAGGACAGGGCACAACUUAGAGGACACAGAGAGAAUAGAGGAAGAGGAUGCGUGUCUGCAUGUGUGUAUUAUUGUGAGAGAGACAGCAGGAGCGACACAGCAUCAUCAAUUAGACGAACCAAAGUGGCACAAAGAGGGAGCAGGUGCAAAUCAGUGUGUGUGUGUGUGUGUGUGAGUGAAUCAGUGCACAUUUGCACACGUGUGUGUAUGUGUAAAUGAGAGGAGGGAUGGUUUACAUGAGAGUGGAACACACCAUGAACCCCAGCAGGGAUGUCUCACCAAAAACCUGCUCCAACACCGCUCCCUCUGCUUCACUGGAGCGCUCCACCCCAUUACCUGGAAAGGGCGAGUGAGAGAGAGUGUGUGUAUGUGUGUGCGUUUUUGUGUUUGUGUGGAAGGCAGAUGUGCUUUUGCUGGACUAAUCUAAAAUGGGUCACAGCGAGAUAUGAGCCAUUUUAGAUCCGUUUUCAACCCUAAAAUACAACUGCAACCUUGAUGAAAAGGUCUCCCUACACCUGCAUUUAGAUGUCUUACAAAAUUAAGAGUUUGAUUAGAUUUUAAUGUCUGAAAAUAAUAACUUUUGCAACUCAUUUAUCAGGGGUGGAUCCAGACUUUUUGAACGGGGUGGCCCCUCCCAAAUCGGUAACUUACCUGUGCAGAGGAAUUAGUAAAUAUGCACACACACAAAAAAAAGUUAGUCGCAUAUUUUUACCUUUGUAUCUCCACUAAUCAUAAACCUUUAACAUCUUAAGUAUGUUUUGUGCUACAUUAAAAUUAACUAAGCAACAAUCAGUCUGUCCCAGCACACCCCAAAAAGUUCCCCUUUCCACUCCUGAAACUAACCUGAGUCACCCUUAUCUGAUUAUUUCGCUUCUUCUCUUCCUCUUGCAUCCUCUCUUUGCUCGUCUGUCUCUUCCUCGUUGAUGGAAUACAAAGUAGCUCUGCGGCCCACUUUACAGGACCCCUAUCUCCCCUGUGCGCUUGUGUGUAUGCAUGUGAGGUAGAAACCUCAUGAGGGAAAGCAUAAAAAGUGUGUGGGCACGGCGGAGGUUAUCAAUACUAUGGGAACAUGAACCCACAGAGCACCUCUUUCUCUCUCUCUCUUUGUUCUCCUUCUUCUCGUCCUCAUUCCCUCUGCGCUCUGGAAGGUUAGCUGGAGUCCAACGAUGCCCUCACUCCAGUAGACACACACAUGUGCGCUCACACACACUGCAGGGGGAUUGCAGGCAGUCUAGCUUUAAAGAAACGCACAUUCAUGCUACACUCUAGCAUGCAUGUGCAGACGCCAACGUUAGCAAACGCCAACCCAAGCUGAAAAUGAUUCAUGUGUGUAGUCACCUACCUACACGCAGACAUUGACUCACUUGCACAUAAGCGUGCAGCAGGUAAUGAGCAAUCAGUUUUCCUUCUUCUAAUUCCUGUCACAGGUGCCUGUUUCCAAGACAACCCAUGCCAGAAACAAGCAGAACCUAUGUGAUGUGUAUGUGUGUGCUUGAUUGCCUUUUUCUCCCGCUCAUCCUCCUCUCCUCCUCCUCCAUCCCCGCCCGUCUCGUCACUCCGUUGCCAUGUAAACAAAGCCAGGUUUAGUCCUUCAAAGGGCAACGCUCUGCAGCUGCCCGCUGGAGGUGACCGUGCUGAAAGACAGAGAGGGAGAGACGGACAGGAGAGAUAGAAAACGGAGAUAAAGGAGAGUUCUUGUGCGGAGGAGCGGAACAAGGGAGGGCCGGAUGAUUUUGGGUCAAGGCUGCAGAAAGCUGGAAAAGAGAGAAAAGGAUAUUCAAAGAAAUAGGUCUGCAGGAUUUGUCCUUUCACAGCCCACACGCUCAUCUCUGGCUCAUUGUUCAGCGAGAAAGUGAAGUGAUUCAGUGUUAUGCCCUAAAACGCCCAUAAAGCAAUAUAUGUAGAUAGAGAAAACUUAAAUCAAAGCUGUGCUUUCAAAAUGGAGCAUAAAGUAGACAUAUACUGCUAGUUUGAGAGUGGACUGUGUUGUACUACGUGUACGAAAUUCUCGCCAAACAAACUCGAGCCACAAAGAUGGAGCGAGGGAAAAGAAAAGGAAUCUCAAUGCAGACCAUGUACAAACGAUACAGGAGCUGACAAGCUGAGUGGAUUUUCUUAAAGGUGGUAUUCAUUCUGACAUAUGGUGGUAUUUCUCCUGGGACACAAUAAAUGCCGAGUGAAUUUUAACUUUGCCUGCAGACCUGAAAGUCACAUCAGGUCAUGCAUCUCAGAAAUUCUACAUUCAGACGAUCUGUAAAUACACAGGAUGGGAUUUCAGCCGUAAAUGGUCUCUUAAAGAAACAGUACAGACAUGAUCAUUUGAUCAUCUACCUUCUUUCUACCUCUCCUAAAAGGUCCUGUUGAAGAAUGUGUGCGUUUAGUUUACUUAAUGAUGAAAUCUUUAUCACUCUAACUGGCUGGAACCAGAGUUAUGAGUCCAUUAAACAUGUAAACCAAGCAAACCAAUUUGACAUUGUUUACCUGUCGACUCCAGGAUCCCGUGUUCAGCCGUGUCCAAUAAUUCAUUUACAGAUUUCUGAUUGUUUUUUCCUAAUUUAAGACAAGUACACUAGCCGGGAUUUUAAUUCCUGCUCCAACAACCAUAAAGGUAGUUGCUUUGACACAUCUCUGCAACUUGGGUCAUGUGAUUUGAUGACAGACUGCAAAGCAAAUGAAGGAUUGAUUCAACUCUAUAUGAACAGAGCUUUUAAACUGUGAUAUGAUUUUAUCCAAGUGUUGGCAGCUACUGACCAAAUAAAACAUUCUGUUGCAUCAUUUUUUUUUGUCUUUAAACAUAGCUAGACACCCUGGAAGACUCAAAACACCUUUAUAUUUUGCAGGCCCAGUCAUCUUUAGAGUAAAUGCAGACAUGGGACACAUUAUCUGUUGAAGAGAUUUCUAUUAUAAGUUGAAUUUCAUUAAUGUUGAGCACCACAAUCAGCCUCACAAUCAAACUUCGAUCCAUUCUCUUGGCAUUUAGAGGAUAAAGCCGACUUUGACGCAAACAAACGCGUAUAUCCGAGUUUCUCAUUCUGAGCACGUUUCAUACUUUCAAACAUUAGAGUGAGUCAUUAUUUCCUCACACAAACUCACCACUCAGUGUUUCCCCUCAGGUUUGUUUGUGUGUGAUCUCUUCAUGUCACAUGCGUACACACCGCUUCUCACAUGACUGGGUGGCUCUGCCGUUGCCAUGGUGACCGUGGACCUAUUUUUUUUUUUUCUUCCCCAUCAUUGUUGUUUUUAUGGCGUAACACACCUCUGUGUGAAAUUGUUCCCUCAGAAAGGUCACUGAACAUCACCAACCUGCCAGUCAUAGAAGGACGACGGAAAGAUAAGAGAAACACAUCUGCACAAACUCGGUCCAGCGUUGCUAAUGAAUUGAAUUUUCCUCUGAUACACCCGAGAUGAAUAUGAUACCGCUCUACAGUACAGACGGGAAACAUCACCUCUGAGUCGUGCUUUCAGAGCCAAAACAGGAUUUCAAACUAUAACCACAAAUAAGAUAAACCUGAUGGAUUCCUCUCAUUCAGAGACGCACAACUGCACACUUUUUAUGCUCUCUCUCUCUCUUUCUGACCUUUAUUUAUUCUUUCAAGCUGAAGCUGCAGCAGUGCAUGUGUGAGCAGUGUGUGCGUUCGCCCGUCUGAUUUCUCCCAUUUUCUUCCAGCAAAAUGUGUGUGUGUGUACAAAGCGUGUGGUCGGCGUCCACGGUUUGUGAGGAUGCGUGCAGACGUGUGUGUCUACAGUGUCGUCUUCAUCAGAGAUGGGAUAGACAGCCAUGCGUGUGAAUGUCGAUGAGUCAUCCUAAACCCGAGAGAGAUGAGACGCUCACACACACAUACACACACUCCACACACACACAGAACCGCACAUAGGCCCUACAUUAGCUGGCUUAACUCAGAACCAAAAUGGUUUCCCACAUCGACCGGUGUAAGGCUCAGUUUCUCAGUUACAGACGCGAUUGAGCCAUUUUAGCAUCAAAGCUUCGUGGAAAGACUCAACCAAUACACAGAGCAGGAUUUGAUCAAGGGAAACAGUGACUUGUUAAUUUCCAUUCAGAUGCUUUUGGCAGUAUUGUUUGUUUUUUAAACUGUGAUGCCAGUGUAACACAUUGGCUUGGACCGAGGGAGGAAAACAAGCAAACAGAUGGAGACGAUGGAUAGCAGACAGAGACAAGAGUCAAGAUGGGGCCUCCAUUUUCUUACAAAUGUUUUCAGUUUGCUUCAGUAAUCUUCCAAUUUUAUUUCACGAGACCUCUACAUGAAUAUAAGCCAUGACAGGCUUAAUGUAUAAUAAUCUUGCUAUUUCAUAUAAUCUAAAAAUUUAUAGAGUAGUCAGAUCAAAUCAAAGAUUUCCAGGCCCAGAGUCCUUUUUCCUUUUAGUCCAACUCAAACCUCAGAGGCAAGGAUGAAGUUGAAGUCCUCAGACAGUCAGAUUGCUGCUGGGGUUUAAGAGACAGUUCUGUUUUAUUAAAGGUGAGGUUAUAGGAGGUAUUUGUCAGCAGUAAUUGCAUUACCCACAGAAGUAAAACAGCAGAGUUUUUGAGUGAUACGGGCUGCAGCUGUAUGUGAGCCACAGGUAUCCUCUUCUAACGAUUGGACAUGAGGUCACAGUUGAUGCACCUGCACCACAAGGUAACUUGAGAUUUCUCUCGCUCUCUGGUUAGCACAGAGUUCCCUUUCCUCCUUCAGUCCAUUGAGUCUCAAUCUCAUUCAAAGAAAACGCUAAAUGGCGACCGAAUCAAAGCCGAUCAAUUAUAUCAUCUUUUGUUUUUUUCCAAGUGGACUGUUUUCCUCAUUGGCAGCCACGAAGACAGACACGUUUCCACCUCCUCUCUUUGUACUACAGUGCCGCCAAAUAGUCCUGUGACAAAUGCUGAAAUAUUACGCUGGUUACAUAUUUCAGGCAGGAGUGGGGCUUUGCUUUUGGGACCUCGGUGCUCCGCUACUCAAACAUUCAAGUUAAGGAAGAAUUGGCCCAAGUGUCGGUGUUUGUCUCCUCUUGCUGGUCCUGCGAACAACCUUGCUUAUGUCUGUUUUGAUUUGCGACUGUUUUGGCAUCACUUUUAGGGAGCUGACAUAUCACUCCACUGCCGGCUAAAACAAUAAGGGAGUAAGCUACUUGGAAUAAAAUGAAAAACCAAGGACACUUUGGACUCUAAAAACCCAGUCCCUCUUCACAGAUUAUUCAUUUCCCGUAUCUGUUUCUGGAGAUUACUACCACACUGUCAGCGCACUGAUUUAGUUAUUUUGCAGGCUUUCUGUCUGCGCCAUCUGUCUGUCUGUCUGUCUAUGAGUGUCACUGACCUGUCUACGCCCCUUCCAUGUCUCUUCCUAUAAUCUAUUUGACUGGCUGCCCGGUGACCCCUUGUGACCUCCAGCUGUGUGUCAUGACAACGGGACACUGACAAAUGUCAGAGGAGAUAUUGGCUCCCUCCGUCUCCCAUGCCUCUCCCCUGGGUACAAACCCACCCACACAGCUUGGCCAGACACUGCAGAGGAGAGAGGGAGACGAAGGAGAGAAGGCCCGCAUCUGAUGGUCCGUCUGUUUGUCUGUCUGUGGUUACAGUUUUUGGGUAAAAAAGGAUCCUGAGAGAUGAGGAGACAGACUCACAAUCUGAACAGCUCUCUGUGCCUCGUUGAAGUGUGUUUAAUUAGGACGGGGAUAGCGGCGUGCUGAUUGGAUGCAGCAUCUAGGCGUACUGCUGUGUUAUUUUGGAGCGUGCUGUGUUAAGCAGGGUGUUAAAAGCAGAUGUGUUAGACAUGAGUGUGUGUUUCCAGGCGGGUGGGGGCAGGGAGAUCUGCGUGUUUGGGUUAUUUUGGAGUGUGUCAUCGGUUGUCGAGAAGCAUGUGAGCCGAGCUUUGGUGUGGGUGUGUGGCGUUGGGGCGUGUUGUGAUGCCUACGAUGGUGGUGACGGUUGGGGUGAAGUGCGAUUGUGUGUGAAUACAAUGUGUGAUGGGGUGAGUUUGUGUGUGCGUGUGCGCGUUUCCUCCCAGGCCGCUCCUCCUCCCUCGCAAACUGCCUCUGCAUGCAUAAUUAACCAGGAUGACUGGGGAGGUAAACACACAGGGAGACGUUCCAUCUCUCCCCUCUGUACGCCUCCAUUUCUGCAUGCGUCUGUAAGUGUGUGAGAGUGCGGAGGUGAGGAGGGGUGUAUGUCUGUCUGUGCAUGUGUUUGCAAGCACAUUUGCAUGUGUGUGUUCAUGUCAGAUAGACAGGGAGCAAGAAAAAGACUGGAAGCGAACGUGCUUUGGAGCCAGAGUUGAUGGAACGAAAGCUUUCUUCGUGUGUGCGUGUGUGCAUGCCUGUUACUUGUGUGUGUAAGUGUGUGUGUGUGUGUGUGGAGGAAAAAGAUAAAUCCCAUCUCAAGCUGCCUCUGAAGAUGACGCGAUGAAAGAGAGGGAGAGAGGAUAAAAAAAGAAUGAAGGGGGGACUGUAACCAGUCGCAGCUUUGCGCAUUAUGGAGCAUCCAGCGGAACAAUCAGAUUCACCCUCCUCUCCUUCCUCAACCUUCCUCCUCUGCCCUUCUUUCUGGAGAUAUUUUACCCCCAAACACAUCUAGUAAACGCUCAAAAUAUGAAAAAAAAAUCCCCCAGAGUAUUAAUUUUUUUCUAAAUUAUGAAUAUUCAAAGCCUGCUCACUGGGGUUUGGAGAGCUACUGUAGUAAUAAAGCUGGCUGUGCAGGCAGCUUCCCAGAUAAGACAAUCAAUCACUUGUUUAGCAGCUAGGUGAAGCGUUCGGCUAAUUAUGGACCCCACCACAUUGUGAGCUGGCGCACAAUCUACCAUUUUGCAUCUGUCUGUCUGCGAGAGUGUGAACUGUGGUGAUUGCUGCGGCUCAUAUUUCCCAUGAGCCCAGGUUGUAAAGCCCACUCACUAAAUCAUCCAUCCUCCUCUGUCCUCUGCACCCCCAUCCCCUCAUCCUCAAACUUAUCAUACUAUAACUCUUUUCCUCUGCGUGCAUCCCCCCACUGUCAAUCUCUCCAGCUUCAAUCUAUUCUCUCUCUCUCUCUCUCUCUCUUUCUAUCUCCUUAUUAGAUCCAAAAAAGAGCUUUUUUCUUUCUUGUUGCGUAUCAUAUCGUACGGUUAGAGCAGCAGGGCCUGGGACAGAGAUCUAGGGAAGUUUGUGUAGGGUUGUAGGGUGAAAGAAAGAAGCAACCAAACACACAAGAAAAACAGGGUAUAAAUAAGAGGGUGCCUCUGUGUGUCCAAAUGAAAUAAAUCAGUGAGCGAUACGUGCAGUUGCUUCAUUCCUCUUUCGAAAAAUCGAUGCAAGAGCCUCCUAAUAAACAGACGGACGGAUCAACAGAGCAGAUUCAGCGAUCUCAGCAUGGAGCGGUCGUCCUCUCUCCUCUCUGACCCCUACAGAGGCAGGCGGCUGUGAGACACGGCGCAGUGCAUCCUAAAAUACAGCAGUCGGCCUGCCGGGCUUCACAAUGCCAGGGCUCUCUGUACGUGGAGGAUAAAAGCGGAAGGAGGUGGUGCGGCGAAGAGGAGACGUGAUCGGGAUACAGAUGCUGCUGUAUAGUGUUUGAGAUGAAAAAGGAAGGAGGUGUGGAGUGAAGCGAUUAGGAGGAAAGUUUGUUCGCUUUGUUUGUGAGCGAAGAGACACAGAGGCGAGAGGACGCUCUCCGGCUAACUGUCGCUUUGACUCUGAAGUGAGUGACUGGAAUUGGACCAAAAAGGCAGGACCUCUCCAAUUUAUUAUUAUUGGUGUGUCCCACCUGCUGUGUGUGUGACAUGAGAGGAAAAAAGACAUCAUGUGAUCACAGUCAGCUGUAAUGGAAAACAGAAAUGUUUACGCAGACACAUGGCAUCAGAACAGAGGAUCUGAAAAGUGUCGUGUAGGCACGCUCGGUCCAUCCUCUCUGCUGUGCUUGGUAAGGUUGGUCCGGUUAAAUCCCACCCCUUGUCCCCUGUAAGCAUCUUAUUCAGGUCAACAAGUACCCUCACACACACGCGCGCACACACAUACACACCGCAGGUGAGGCACUAGUACGCUGAAGGCAGAGGAGACAGAGAGGUAGGACGGAGGAUGGAAAAUCUCCAGGGGAAUCUGGAGGUGUGUGUGUUUGUCUAUGAGUGUGUAUGUGUGCGUUUGUGUGUAUUGUGUGUAUAUUUAGUGGCAUGCCAAAAGCUGUGGACCUGCAUGCAUAAACACUAACAGGCCCACACUACCUCACAAACUCACAUUAAGGCAGGCGCAUGCAAGAAUAGAUGCACGCAAGUUUAACACACUGCUCUGCUUCCCCACACACAAACACACACACGCGAGCGUGCACGCAAAAUGUGUGUUUCAGAGAUGAAUAAUGCUACUGUGUGUCUGGUGGGAUGCAGCACUGUCCCUAGGGCGGGUUGAAUGCCGGGAUAUUGUGCUCAAACUGGCUGACACAUACACACAAACCCACACACACACAUACACACACAACACUCAAGCAAGCACGCACGCACAUGCACACACACACACACACACACUGGAGCUCUGUCUCCAGGUGACUCUGUUUCUUUUAUAAAGCACGAGCCAACUCUUCCCCUCCUCUCUUCCUUUCUCUUUUGUAUGAAUGCACAAACAGACACGCACACAUUCAAAAACAUGCACACACACAUAUGUAGGUAUAUAUAUAGGUAAGAAAAGGUUAGACUCGAACAAGCACAUGAUGCACAACAAACCCCCUACAAGAGAAACAGCACACAUACAAACACACAGUUUGUAACACUUUCCCUUUAAGGAGGACAGAGUUUACAUCUGGGUGGAAAUAAAGAGGAGGAAAAAACGGCAUCAAAGAUAAACCAGAAAUAUCGCUUUACAUUGUUUGUUUUGGUAAUAAAUCAUAAUAUAUCAGAGCGGCUACAAUAAAGGGCUAAGUCUGGGGACUAUAUUUGAUGCUAAACAAUUAUGAAUAAUGCAUCAUGCAAAUUAAGCUGGAAAGCUCAAUAGCCAGAGUGGCUUUGCAAGCGAGUUCAGUUCAGACUCAGAGCCAGUGUCAUGACCAAACAAGAGAUGUCAUCUUAUUACUGUGGCCUGUAGUAUUUCAGUAUUUUCUCAGCCCUGAUCAUGCACCACUUUACAGUAUAUUUAAACACAUACACACAGGGCAACAAUGCUCUUAUUCUUUUAUCACAGACAGCUCUUUUUUUUUCAACACUUUCUCUCUCCAACACGUACAUCACUGAGUUCAUAGACUUCACUGUAAGUCUGCACUUCCAUCAUCAGAGGCUGAAACAGGAUAUUACGAGGCCCCAUCAUUUGAGAGCCGUUUAAUAUGAAAACACGUCAACAGAUCUUUCAAGUCUGUGCAAGUUUUAGGAGAGGUUUUUUUAACCAUGUCUAGUUAUUACAUUAUUUCAAGAUCUGAUCAUUCAAAGAAACUGAAUAUGUGUUCAUGAGUGAAAGGGUGAUACUGGUGUAGAUGGUUUCAAUACAUCUCUGAGUGUUUGCAUGUUUUAAAGACAGAUAUAAAAAACUGUUUUCCUGAGCAGAGUAUUUUUCAUGUGACUUGAGGUGAAUGUUUAGAUAAAAGUAGACAAAGUAUAAAUACCACAAACUCAACACCACUAACCAUCACAUUCUCUAUUUUUCCUCCCCUCUCUCCUUCGUCCUUCAGAACCCCUAACCCCCCCUUCCCCCUUUCCCAUCUCACCUCACCUCCCCCUCCCUUCUCUGGCUACAGACGGAGACAGUGAUGCAGUCCUUCCGUGAGCGCAGCGGUGGUUACCACAGCAACCAACCCUGCUACCAGCAGGAGCCCCAUGAAUUAUCCCGCCUGGAGACCUAUCGGCAACAUCCACAUCAUCCCCACCCCCAGCACCCGCAUCCGGGCCCUGGUCCACAUCCGGGCCCUGGUCCAGGGCACACCAGGUCAAGCUAUGAGACUCUUACACUGGCAAACCCAACAAGCAUGCCUCCAGCAGGAGGACCAGGAACAGGGGGAGGCCCCAAGGACUGUUACAGCCAGCAAGCAUACCCUGGAUACCCAGGGACUGGUGGAGGCAAUGGAAGUGGAAAUGGGGGCUCAGCAUCCUCACAGGCAAAGAAGUCGUACAGACCAAGCAAAGUCCCCCCAGCCAACCCAGGUCAGCAUCUACAGGGUCCUGGGGCCUACAGUAACCACAUGGGGCCUGGAACCUACUCAGCCCAGUAUAUAAGUGAGGGCCACCUUCAGCAGAAAUGGGAGGACCAAGCCCAACUAGCACAGUAUGACCAGGAGAUGGUCGGACGCAUGGAAGGUAGUGGUACACCUGCACCUAGUUCCUCACAGUACAUUGACCAGAACCUGAUGGGCCACUCCCAGACUCAGUGUCACCAGCCCUCCAACCCGGCAUAUACCAGCCCCCAUCACCAGCCACACCCUCCAAACCCUUCCCCAUCCCCUCUCAUGUACCCCCAGAGCCACCUGCACUACCCCCAACACUCACCUUCUCCUUCACCAUACAUGGAAAAGUGCAGCCCAAUGCCUCAUUGUUACAAAGGCUACAACAUGCCCACCAAUUCCCAGUACGCCAGACAAAUGAGUAGCCACAGCAAUCUGAAGCAAGGGGGUUACAGACCAGCUCAAAACAGUUAUGGUUAUCAGCAGCCUCCCUCAAGAGGUUAUGAGCAGCAGCCCCCUUUACAGGCCAUGACCAACACCCAGGAGCCCCACACAAAAUAUCAACACUACAGCCAACCUCAACAAAACUACUGUCUCUCUGAUCUCUCUGUCAGAUCCCCAGAACAGUAUUAUCAGACCUGUAGCCCCUCCUCAAGCCACUCCCCUGCACGUUCUGUGGGGCGCUCCCCUUCAUAUAGCUCCACCCCUUCACCCCUUAUGGCCAAUCCAGAGUCAUUCCAAUAUGGCCAACCUCCCAUGACACCUGGAGCAGCCUCCUCUUCUUCAUCGUCUUCAGCUGGUAUGCAAGAGCAAGCCAGUACCAACCCCAUGUUGAUGCCCCCACGCUCACAUCCCUCACCCAAUGUGCCCCAUGCAGCACCCCAUAGCUACACAACCACACCACAGGUCCCCACCAUGAAAGAACGCUUCUCAGAGAAGUUGCUGUCAAACCCCAGCUUGUGGAGUCUAAAUGCCCUCACCUCUCAGGUAGAGAAUAUCUCUAAUAAUGUCCAGCAGCUGCUGCUUUCAGAGGCUCUGGUGGCCAACAAAAAGGGAAGUAAGCGCAGCAGUGGAGGGAGCAAUAGCAGUGUAGGAAGCGGGGCAUCCUCCAAAAAGGGCGAGGAGUACAAAAGCCCUUCAUAUCCAGAUAGUGGCGCUGGGAGUGUUGGCGGUGGCUCCAUGCAGGACCCUUAUUCUACCCCACAGCAUCAACCAAUGCCCAUGGAACUCCAUGAGGGAGGCUACUCAAGUAGUAGUGAUGAACAACUGGAGAGGGGCUACUACUACUGUGGCCAGGGCAGAAGUCCAGCACAGGCUCCAACAAACACACAACUAAGUUUGGAUACAGCCUCUUCAUGCUCCAUGACAUCUCCAGAUGAUAUGUCCACCAGAUCUGGAGACUCAGGACUUCACAACCUUACCCCUGACCUGACCAGAUGUCAGUCUGGCCAGGGGGUAGAUGGUAUGAGUACUCCAGCAAAGAGCAUUGGUGAUGAGAGGUCACCCACAAGUAUUACAAUCCCAAGUCCUAUGAAACAAGAAAGGGACUCUCCCUCGGAUAUACAACAUAUCAAUGAGCCUGUCAAAGAAAACUUUGAGGAAUCAGCAUGGACAGAGAAAUCGACUGAAAGAGAGGAGGUGACAACAGAUAAAACCCCUGACCAUGACAGAGAUUCAGACAUGACUAAACCUGCAGAGAAUCUAGAGAAAUGGUCAGAUGAAGAGAAAUGCUCAGCUCAAUAUAGUGACCUAAACAAAGAAGAGACGGACAAAGGAUAUUGUUAUAAGGAGACAGUGUACCAACAGGUCCAGAGCAAAUAUGACUCUGAUGCCAGAGACUCUGUUGAACAGUCCCCUGCAGCUCUUUCCGACUCCAGCCACAAAGAACACUUCAUCAAUGAGAUGAAAUCUGAGGCAUUUAAAUCGGAGUCUCCGACUGCCUCAGAGAGCUCAGUGAAAACCCUACCUUUCGUUUCCAGGGGUGACCUUGAACAGGAUCAAUAUUCAACAGAGAAGGAUGACAGCUCUGAGAAUGCCUCCCCAACCCCCCAAGUUGAGGCCUUGGAUGAGAGCAACUUGGACAAGAGAGGAAGCAGAGAUGAAGAGGAUGAGGAGGAGGGGGGAGUAGAAGAGGAGGUGGAAGAAGAGAAAAAAGAAGAAAUACAGAAACAAAAGCUACAUACUCUGUCCCCACCUCCACCCACUCAUGUAAGAGAGGAACUGGGAGAGGAAGAGAAAGUGAGCCAGCCAUUGACUGAGGAGCACAUGAAUAAUAGAGAUGGACAGGAGAAGCCUGUUGAAGAUCUCUGCAGCAGGACAGAGAGUCAGAGUUCUGAGCCCCUUAUUGACAAUGAGCCUGCAGGGGCACCAGCCCAUCCAAAUACAGCAGCAGUAACAGCAGCAGCAGAUGCUCCUACGAGGGAGUCAGCCAUUGGUGACACUGCUCCUCAGCCGCAAUCUGCAAUGCCAGUUUUCUCAGCUCUUAAUGACAAGGCCAGGGAUCAUAUGGAUCAUAGCGAUGCCAAGGUUCUGGAGCCAGACUCACCCCAGCUUCCAGGGAAGUCUAUACUUCCCUCAGCUCCCUCCUGGGCAGACACUCCACCCUCCCCUAAAAAAGGUGAUGAGGACAUGGAGCCGGGCAUCAGCUGCUCCAGCGCUGUGACUCCACUGGCCAAGUUGGAGCCCGUUGCUCCAUCUGCUCAGCCAAGGGCAUUCGGACGCAAACAUGCCAGGGGCAGAAGAAGAAUCAUGCAGUCAGGUGUAGGCAUUAGGCGGCAGCUAAGUUUGGAGAAGGAGGGGGAGAAGGAAGAUGAAGGUGCCCCCUCACCUACCCAGAAACCAUGCAUGCCUCCCAGCAAAACUGUGCUGUUUUCAGAUCAAAUGGACCUCGCUCAUCAGGAGUCUAUUGUAAGCCAGACUCCCAAAACACUAACUGAUGGUUUCCGAUCAAGAAUGUGCACUCGCUCAUUUAAUGCACUUGACUUACCGCCCAAAGUUGAGCCCCAUGUUAAGAGAAAACCAGGUCCAAAACCAGGCCCAAAGCCUGGACUAAAGCCAGGGCCAAAACCUGGAUCAAAACCAGGGCCGAAACCAGGUCCAAAACCAGGGCCUAAACCUGGUCUAAAGCCUGGACCAAAGCCUGGAUUAAAACCUGGACCUAAACCAGGGCCAAAACCCGGGCCGAAACCUGUGCCAAUUGAACCAGAGUUGCCACCGAAAAUUGAGACCCCUCUGAGGCGAAAACCAGGACCAAAACCAGGUUCAAAACCUGGACCAAAGCCUGGUCCAAAGCCUGGAUCAAAACCUGGGCCAAAAUCAGCCCCUAAACCAGCUCUAAAACCAGGGCCUAAGCCUGGACCGAAGCCUGCAGAUGUUUUACAGCCUGCUGAUACUUCCCCGUCAAAGGCAUCAGUGGGUCGCCCUAAAGGUUCGGUUUCUAAAGCAAAGCAGAUACAGGAGGAGACUCCUCAGCCUCUGACUGCACAGCAAAGCAGGAACAGGAAGAGCUUAAGAACCCUGGCAGCACUAGUCAACCAGGAUACAAAACCAGUAAACCAAGAAGAAAAACAAGCAAACCAAGAGGAAAAGGCCCCAGAGAAGGAGAGUCAGAACAUGGUCCUAAGGUCCAGAAAGCCCUCACAAGACAAAAUGUCAAAAGACAAAGAAAGAAAUGCUGGGGAGAACAUUGUUCCUCAGACCAUAACUGACAAAAAAGCCAGUAAUAUUUCUCCCAAAAUAGAGGAAUCUGUUAGCUUAGAAGAAACGGUGCAAACCACUAAAGGAGUUAAAAACACAGAUGUCCCAGCAGACCCACCAGCACUAGCUGCUGUAUCACUCUCAACUGAAGAAUCUGAAGAAAAGACAUCACUUCCACUUAAACGGAAACCUAGCCCUGAGCUUGAGGUAACACCGGUUAAGAAAAAGAGGGGUCCAAAGCCCAAACCUAAGCCCUUGCCCCCUGAUUCCCGUCUUUCAGAGGAGGUUUUCCCCACACCUACAGAGAAGAGUGUUGUGGGCCCCAAAAGAAGACGAGGGUCACCCAAGAAAGCUUCUGUUGCCACUCUCACAACCAAAGACACUCUCCCUAACAUCAGUGAACCUGAUACCACUAGUGAUAUGCCCGUGGUACCUCCUCAGUGCCCCACUAAAACAAAAGUUCUCCCACCUCGCAAAGGUAGAGGACAGAAAUAUGAGGCCAUGGUGCAGAAAAUCACAUCUCCAAGCUUGAAGAAACAUCUCCCAAUUCCCCAGAUAGACAGUAACCUAACUGAUGAUGUGUCAUCCAAGCUUUUGUCUCACCAAGUCUUAAAGGAAGAUGAGACUUUGAUUCUCACACAGAGCCCGGAAACGAUGGAGGGGGAAGGGAAAAGCCCAGAGUCCAGGCAAGAAGGAGGAAAACAACAAAGAAAGGAAGAGGAAACACAAGGAGAAGAAAAACUUGAGACAAGCCAAGAGGCAUCAUCUCGAGAUGAGGCGCAAACAGGGUCUGAAGAGAAAGUUGUAAAUAAGGAGGAAACAAGGCGGGAAGACCGUGAAGCAGGGACACCACAGGAUGGUGGAGCUGACAAGGGCUGGAGCUUAAGAGAGGCUGAAGCAGAAGUCAAGUCUCAAGGAAAGGUGGCACAGCAGGCCUUAGAGGAUUUAUCUUCUACAGCCAAUUCCUCAAGAACUAAAAGAAAGAGAUGGGCCAUGGUUGAGAGUACAGAUGCCUCAGUUGUAGCCCUAGAGGCAGAUAGUCUAAUAGUUACAACACCAAGGCUAGCGAAGCAGAGGGCCAUCAAAAACAACCACGAGAUGCACCUAAAGCAGAGGAGAAAGAAGAGAAAAGGCCAAGCUCUUCAAGAAGAAACAGAGACCGUGGAGGAGAUAAAUGUUGAAACAGUCGAACAACCACAAGAGAGGACAGAAGAAAAAGUAACCCCAACAGAAUCCACAGUACCUCUGCCAGUCAGCUCAGAUGGGACCACAGAAGCCCCCCAGGUUACCUGCACAGAUCUUACCCAGAAACCAAGAAGAGGUAGAAAACCAUCUGCAAAUCCAACCAAAAGGAAACGCGGCAAAUGCUCAUCAGACCUGAUUCCUGAUAAGCCCGUGAAGGUCCAUAAAAAGCCUGGGCCAAAACCUGGGAUGAAAGAUGCCCUUGAGGUUAUUGAGGCAGUAAUAAGAGCGGCAGGAUGUGAAUCAGAUGCAAGAGAGGAGAGAGAAAAAGAAGAGAAGGAAAGAAGGGAAAGAGAGAAAGAUGAACAGCCAGAAACAUCCAUCGCCGGCCCUGUGGUGACAGUCUCUGACAACAAGACUGAGACUACAACCGUUAAAAGAAUCAGGCGCAGACCUGUCUAUCAAAACCCUAAACUGUCCUUCUGUCCAUAUGUGCGGAUUAACAACUCCAGAGACUUUUCCUCUUGGUGUGCGGUUGUCAACAAACCCGAGGAUGCAGUAAUAUUUCAAAGACGUAGAAAAAAGGGCAUACUCAGGAUGAGGAAUCCUUUCACCGUUGCCAAGGUAGUGCCGUACACUGCCGCCAUGCUGCAAGGACCCUUGGUAAACAAAAACUUCACAGAAAGAUGUCUUACAUGUAGCCUGUGUGGAAAGCCUGCAAAUUACAGAGAUCUAGGUGAUUUGUGUGGACCCUACUAUACAGAGGAUAGCGUACCGCGGAAAGUUUUGACAACAGACCACAGAGAAACCCUCAGGUUAGAGUCAGAAAAGACAAAUGAAAGCAACAGUAGCAACAGUGAAGAAUCAGGCGACACCACAAAGAAUGAGGGUGAAGGCAGCACAAAAAAGGAGGGCGACACUGAGGCACCUCCACAAGAAGGCAGUAGCAGUAGCAGUAGACACCAUCAUUGGCGGCAUAGACGGACAGAAAGAACAGAAAGAACGGGUCAGGAGGGUGGUCCACGAAGAUUAACGCUCCGAGAGCGGUUCCGGCGGAUGAGGCAGCUCCAGUCUCUCAGCGCUGGAGCUUCGGGUGACCAAGAGGGCAGUGACAGCAUGUUCCAAAGGUUACAAGAGGAAGCCGAGGCGAAUGAGCACUGGGCGCAUGAAAACUGUGCCAUCUGGACCAAGGGGGUUAUCAUGAUAGCUGGGAGGCUAUACGGACUGAAAGAGGCUGCCAACAACUCAGCCAAAACGGUACGACUGCAUCUAUUCCCACUUCUUUUCUUGACGAUUUUGCAUGCAAGCUAAGAUAAUAAGAUACGACAGUCAUGCUAACAAUCUGUGCAACUUCGCUGAGGAAUCGCAAUAACUUUCAACUGUUUCCUCUUUUCCUCUUCUCUAUCCCUAUGUGCCUCUAUCGGUCAAUUUGUUCUUUCUUUAUUGGUCCCGGUCCAUAUGUCCGUCUGUCUGACUAACCCCAGAACUGCUACAAGUGCCAGAUUGCGGGGGCGUCCCUCAGCUGCUGUUGGAGAGGCUGCUCUCAUAAAUACCACUAUGUCUGCGCCAAAGAGAUAGGUAAGAGACCACAGCGAGAGAGGAAGAGAGCAACAAGGGAUGAAAAGGGAAGAGGAGUCAGGGAGCGAGAGGAGAAAUAAGGAGGGAAAUUGGGGAAGGAAGAUUGGAGGGAGGUUUAAAGGGCAAUGGGGAGGGGGAAAAAUAAAUCAGGAGGAAAAAGGGGGAAAUGAAAAAAGGACUGAGAGAAAGGGGGGAUGGAUGUGGGUAGAAUGAGAGAGGGAAAAUACAUCAAGAAGUAACGUUAUUGACUGCGAAGAGAGAUGGCUGAGGGUGCUCGGGGAAAGCAAAAGAAGAGGGAGGGAGGGAGCGAGCGAGCUUUGAAUAAAGGGAAUGAUGAGAGAAAAGUGGUACCCCAGAGUGUGCAUGAGGGAGUGGGGGAAGAGAUAGAGGGAGGAGGGUGUGUACGCGUGCAUUAUUGACCACAACCCCAGUGGCUCAGUCCAUCUAUUCUGCUGUCUGUAGACAUGUGUGUGUGUGUUUGCAUGCAUUUGUGUGUGAGAGCGUUUGCAUAAAUGCUUCCCUAUGCACAUCUUAAGAACAUGUUACAUGUAUUCAUACCUUCAGUGAAUGUUUUCCUUCUCUUUGUUGUCGAUAUAAGUGAGUGUCCGGGUGUCAGCACAUGUGUUGUAUGACUCCCCUCGCAUUACCUCAUGGUUAGGAAGUACAGUGCGAGGAUUAGAAAGCCUGCCACGUCUGCCUAGCCAGCACAGAGAGCAGAGCAAGGCCCUUUUUAAUCCUGCUGAGUGCACCAGCCAUAUCUGACUGCCUGUCUGUCUGCCUCAUCCACUCAGUCCCUCUUUUUCCUCUGUUGCUUUCCUCUCUCUGUGCCUUCCUUCUGCCUUUUUCUUGCCCAUUUUUCGCCCUAACCAUUCCUGUUUUGUCGUUUCUCUGGAGUUUUAGAGGUAGGGGUGUAGGGUCACUUCAUGCAUCUGCCUCAUGCUGUUUGUUUCAUUUACUGUCAUGGUCUGUAAAUGACAUCGUAACUUAUUAAUUCCUUUGGUUUGCUUCCUCUCUUCCUCUCUAGGCUGCACAUUCCACGAGGAUGACUUCUCCAUCAAAUGUCCCAAACACGAGGUAAGAAAAAAUUAAUGUUUUUCACCUUUUGAAGUGUUGCAAGUGAGUCAUGCACAUUUAUCAAGGAAGGCAAAGUGAUGCACUUUUGCAAUUUUCAGGGUCUUCAUUCGUCUACGUUGCAGUUGUGCAUUCAAAGCAUGCAUGCCCUCUCUCCGAGCAUUUUUCAUCAUCCCCUUCAUCCCUCUCCACAGCUCAGAAAAAAAAAGAAAUUGAGUUCACACAUUGCUGUCACAGGCAGCAGCACCCUGGCUCGAUAGAUGAUACCGUACAGAACAGAAAACGCGAUUGUCAGCUCCUGUAAAACAAAAAAAGGAGCAAAGUAGGAAAGAGAAGGGAUCAGGUUGACGUUCCUCAUACUUGUAUCAAGUGUGCUGUCCUCUUCAGUGCCAAUAUGACACCUAUGGAGGCCAAGAUCACUUGGACUUGGUGAUAUUUUGUUACCAAAUCAAUAUGUUCCCAUUGACCUUAGCAGGCAAAACCCAAAUACAUCAAGUUGUAUUUCCUUGUUGUACUGCUGUCACUCAUACAGCUGCAGGUGUCUACAAUUACAACAUGUCACCUGUUUUUGGAUAUAUAUGGACAGCCCAGUCCAGUCAACAUCCCUGAAAGACAGACGCCAUCUAGUGGUGGCAUGUACACACUGCAGCAAAGAGAAGGAAGGUCAAAUGCAGAGGGAGGCGGGGAGGGAAGUAAAGAGGGAGAGAUGCUGACAUUCAGCAGGGAGCAGCGGUGCAUUGAGGCAGCAGUUGCAGCAGCCUCCCUCUCUCCCUCCCUUCUCUGCAUCCCUCUUUCCCUCCCUUUCUUUCCUCUUCUGCUCUCCUCUGUGCAGACUGACAGGGAUGAAAAGCUGGCUGCUGAUCAAAACACCCCACCCAGCAUCACUGCCUGCUAUCCUCCCCACAUGCUCUCUCCACCCUUUUCUAUCUCCUUCUCUCUCUCUCGUCUCCUUUCCCUGCUACUUUCCUCAUUUUGCUCCAGCGCCUCCCUGCUGUUCCAGCUCCCUCCGUCUCUCACUCCGCUCACCUCUCAUCUCUUGUGAGCUCUCCUUUUACCAUUUUCAGUCAUCCUCCCCUCAUCCCUUCCUCACUCUUUCUUCCUCAUCUCCUCUCUUCUCCUCUCCCCGCAUCUCUUCACCUCGCCUCCCACGUCUGAGCGGCAGAAAUAGAGUAUGAGAAACAGAGAGAAAAAAGAGAGCAAGACAGAGAGAGAUUGUUGUUAGUGAGCUGAGGCAGAGCUGUCAUCAGCUGAGGGAUCUGAAGGUCUGUGUGUGGGUCUGAGCCGCGCCAAUUUACGCUGAGCAGCCUAAUCAAAGGGAAGAGCAGAUACAGAUGCACACACACAAACACACACUAAGCUCCCACCCAUGGGUCCCCCUGAAAACUCUCACUCUGCCUGCGUUCAUUUGGUUUCAGGGCUGGAACACACAUAUCAAUAAAACUGCGCACACAUGCUGCCUUCAGCUGUAAGACACACACAGUGUGCGUCCACACAGGUUCAUUAACAGGGUACCUGUAGGCUCGAACACGUAAACACACGGAGAGAGUUCGAGAGAGACAGGCAGAGGGAACGGCAGAGGAGGAGAAAAACAGUUUUGUGCUGCGGCUGAGAGGGGAAAAAAGAGAAACGGGGGCAGUUACAUCAGAGAGCAACCGAAUGAAAGAGGCAGAGAUGGAAGGAGAAAAGAAGGGCGAGAGGAGACGAGCAACAGAGGGGAGACAUUCAGGGAAAAGAGAUCAAAUCAAGUGAGACCGACUGUGUUAAAGAACAAGACUCAGUCCAGGGAGGUAAACACAAACAGAGGGAGUGAGAGAGAGAGAGGGAGGGUAACUUUAGGGAGAGAAUCAGGAAAGAACGACAGAACAAAAGGAAGCUAGAGGGAACGGUGAAAAUAUAAGACGGGCAGAGCAAAGCCGCAGGUCUGAGCCCAGUCAAUACGUCAGUGCAACUGGCAGUUCAGAGGGAAAUUGAGUGGAUAUUGGUGGUUUCAGAGGAGGAUAAGUGGAAAGAAAGAGCUCUACCACCACCACCACCACCUCCACCUCACCAGAGCUGUUAGUGGGCGUUCCUGCUGUGCCUCUCACAGUGGAGCUGGUUCACUGGCCAGGUGCAUCCAUCUCUCCGCUCCCUUAUGCUGCAGCCUGCUGGCUUUCAUGUCUGCAGACACACUCACAGAGAGGCGUAGACAGCAGGACGGUCUGCACACGCUCUAUCUGUAGGAUACAGGAGUGAACAUAUAUUAAAGCUUUUAUGUUGAUGAAUACAGAAGAGUAAAUUUAGUCAAAUUUGAAAAGAAAGCAACGCUGUGACCAAACUGCAGUUAAAAAAAAGUUCUCUAAACCUAAUGGUUGUUUUUAUUUAUUUAUGGUCAUGUUAAUAGACUGUUUUUGUUUAUUCUUUAUAUAGUGUAAGUAUUGUCACAGUAUUGUGGAAUUUGUACCGUGUUUUAUUGGUGCUGCCUCUAGUUUUUUUAAUCUCCCUCUGGCAUUAAUAAAGUAUCUAUCUAUCUAUCUAUCUAUCUAUAUAUCUAUCUAUCUAUCUAUAUAACAUUAACAGCAGAUAUAUUUAUUUAAAAUUUUAUAUACAAUUUUUAAAAACAUCAAAUCAAAGACUUUUAUAAUAUUUCAGCACAAAACAGGGAAAUUAAUGCAUUUUUUGAAGACUAAGCACAGGUCUGGCAGCGUUUCUCAAGGUUUUUGCAGAUAAUUUUAGUAAAUCUGAAUUUUUUACCUCGACUUCUUCGAGCUUGCAUGUUCUUAUUUUCUCCUUCAUCCUCAGUAAUGUGAAGGUAGAAAGCACACAGAAUAACAUGAAAAUUACUCAAAGAUUUAUAAAUACUAUCUAGACUGUGAAGACUUGAUUUGGUAGGCCUGCUCAGUUAUGUCCUAUCUUGAAUUUAAGACCUCUCACACAUAAAAACAAGACAUUUGAAGACUCUAUAUACCCUUAAAUUCUCAAAAAAAAAAAAAAAACUGAAUAAAGAACAUUCAAGACUUUUCAAGGAUGUUUAAGGAUCCCUGCUGUAUGUAUAAAAGAGGAAAAGACAAAGAAAACAAAUGAACCCUGAAUACAGUCAUUACAAAGUGGAGUGAACCUGAUGCACUGAGCAGGACCUCUUCAAGACUUUGGCUUAACAUAUUUUAUCUUGAGUGUUUUUAAUCUUUCAAAGCCUCUGUUUGAUGUGUGAGCAAAGUCCUCUCGGUUCACAGAGUUUCCAGGUGAGGCUAAAAAUAACAUCACCUGCACAGACAGCUCCAGCUAGCUAGCUACAGCGGCAACCACUUUAGCAGAGCUAGCUUCUAUCAGAGACAAUUUUACACAAUUAUGGGGCAGUUUUUACGAGAAAAGACAGACUCUGGCAGCAUGUAACGCUUUUAAGGCUCAUACUGUAUACAUUUUUGGGCUCAGUACCUGUUUUUUACUCUCCUGGUGUUGCCAAACAUGAAAAACCCGAAGCUAAUGUUGAGUCGCUCGCGAACGAUUCGUUCAAAAGAACCGAAUCUUUACGUAAACGUACUGAACCGAAUCACUUCCUCGAGUGAUUCAAAUUUUGUAACUAAAAGAAUCUAAUCCUAAUUUUUAGCAUUUAAAGAUGACAUGCGAAACUUUUUAGCUGAAAAAAAAAGACUCUAAUACCUCAUAUUUCAUAUUAAAUAAAAACCUACAAUUUUAAUGUAAUUCAUUAUGUUUUGUUUAAACCCAUUGUAUGUUUUUCUAACGUUUUCUAAUCAUUAUUUUGUCAUUUCACUGUGCAGCUUGGGGUAAUUUGUAAAAUUUAUUGAAUAUGACAUAUAAUGGACCAUUUCUAAUCUAUUUAAUUUGUGUGUUUUCGUCUUUGCUUUAUUAAUGUAUUAGUGGAAAGGGGUUGUUUUGCAUGCGUUUGUUCCAGCUUUCUGUGGCACAUUCAUCCUGAAUUUGUUUUGGAUUUUUUUCCCUUGUUUUUAAAAUUUGCAGCAAUCACUUUUGGUGAUGUCGAGGUGUGUCAGCUGCCGUAAACUGAAACAGAUUUCGCCCAAUUUUUAUAAGUUUUAGAGAUUUUAAAACAGAUCCUAAAGACUCAGAAAUUUGAAUUCACUCAGGAUCAUGUCAAAAACUCUGUUCCUAACUUAUUAAUAUAUCUAAAACUGAAGCUAUUUUCAUCUAUUUUCACAUCUCAGUUUUGCUGUAAAAAGUCUCUGUAUCCUCAUGUUGUUUGAGGUUUCCUUCUGUGUGUUUGUGACUUUUACUAAUGACAGUCUGUCCUCCUCUUCUCGACAGGACCUGUAAGAUAUUCCAGUACACCACCCUCACCACCAACACCUACUCACAGCCGGUCAAGCAUCACCUAUCCAGCGAGGCAAACAGGAACGCAAACAGUCCGGACAGCCAACUUAACCUGAAAACACGGUGUGGACUGAUGACGGGCAGGCACGUCAGUUGGCCAGUAGGGCUGGGGAGGGGGAUAGAGACUGGAGCUGGGGGUUGACAGACCCUGGAGGAAAGCUCCAAAGAGAAAAGCUGCUCCCUAAACCCAGCCUGGAAAUGUGUUUUCUCAACUGAGCUCCUCACUGGAAGGCAGGAGGCAGCAGUUAACCGGAGGAUAGACUGUGUGCCCAGAUCCCAGUGCACAUGGGGGCUGUUUGAAAUGCAGAGCGAAGAGUGUGUGUGUGCGUGUGCGUGUGUGUUCUGCCUUCAGAUGGGUUGCUAUCAUAUUCAGACACCUGGCGGACACUGAUUGGACAGCAGCAUCCCUCUGGCCACCUUGUCUGUGGUCCAAGAGGUAUGUGUGUAUGUGUGCAAAUGUGUAUGUGUGUGUGUGUGAUAAUCACAGGACUCAUCAUUCCCCGGCCACAUCAUCAGUGUGUCUGCGCUAAUGUGUGCGUGCGAGGGAAAAAGGUCAUCUCCAAUUCAAGAUGUCAUGCAUCAUAAAAACAGCAGCCAACCACUGGAUGUACUCUCUCAAAAUGUGUGCGUUUGUGUUGAAAAACAAAAAAGGAAACUGUACAUGAUGAUGUGCUUUACAGGUUCUACAUAUUCUGAUAAUGAAGAAAAAAACGGACGCAGUAUUUUACUAUAAUGCUCUUAUCUUCGGAGAUGUAUUUUGAUGUGCAUUAUGACUAUACGAACAUCAUCGCGUCACCCUUGGUAUAUGUCGGGCUUUGUGUUAUUCUGAAAUCAAAAAAGAAAAAGGAGAAGAAAAAAAAAAAGAAGAUAACUCUGCUCAAGAGUGUUAGCGCAUCUCGACAGUGUGCACAUUCAGUAUGUACAGUACGCCGCCAUCAUCACCGGACAGGUUGCGGAUCAGGACUCCGAGGGAGGAGGUCAGGUCGUCUCACUUCAUAUCUUUAUGUACAGUUCAGAAGUAUUACCUACAUAACGCUCGACAUGAACAUAACGUGUGAAUAUUUCACCUCCCACAGCAGUGCAGAAAGUUCUUCAUUCAGUCCAGAUGUCAUCACACACCUGUCUGUUUGUGUAUCUCAAAUGUAGCCUCUCUCACUCUUCCAUGCUAUGUAACAACGCCCAGCGCACAGCGGGCUCAGUAAAAGUACUGGUCAUAUCAAAAGGAGACAUAUUUAAGUAUUAGAGCAUAAAAGAAAGUGCAAAAACGCCACACCAAACUCUCUCUUUUAUGAAGCUCAUUAUUUAAUGGUGUAUAUAAGUAUUUGAUGCUGUUUAAAUGUAAGAUGUGAUGUACUAAUAUAAUUGUGUAUAGUAUUUCCUAGAGAUGUUUAUUUUCUAUAAAAUGGAAUAUGUUAUUGCUUAUAAAAUGUUAUUAAAAGAAUCCAUUGAUGAAAAAAAUAACGACCUUUUUUGGGAAUGUCACUCGUCUUAAGUUGGAGCAUGCCGUUUUAUUGAUUUUCAUGUCUCUUUGUUUGGAAUCGAUGACACAGCAUCACUUUGUUUGAAAUGUUUUUUGUAACGCCAAUGUCAAAUAUACCAGCACCUUUCAAUGCUGCUACGACCAA